GGAAGGUACUGCGCGCCUCAGUUGGUUCUCUUGGUGUUUAGGUGCGUCCGAUGUAGAAUGUCUUUCACUAUAAGCGCACGUAGCGACCGUGUGUGCUAUUUUGGGAAUUAAUGGUGCAAACAUUUUUUCUUGGUAAUGGAAAUACAUCCAGACCUGUCCACGUUGCAGGGAACCACCAGAGUCACACUUCCGGGUUGUAAAGAUAAGGAAGACCGACCUAUUAUACUAGUCACCGUACCCCAAGAAGCUUCUAUAGUAGAUAUAGUUUCCCCGCUACAAUAUCUGCUUUCAAUAUUCAGUCCAUCAACCAAGUCGAGGGGAUUCACGACGAUAGUCGACGCUAGAAAAAGUGUCUGGAAAACUGCCAGAUUGUGUAUCAGGCAGGUCAAGGCAACGUACUCCAGAGAUGAACUGCAACAGCUGAUUGUCAUCAAACCGGACGCUUUUUGGGACAAACAACGAGUUGAAAACUGCACCUCUUCGCAAGACGACCAGCAAGUCAUCUUCAUACCGAGAUCAAGGCUGAACAAGUAUGUGGACCAGUCCCAGCUUCCUGUUGAACUCGGCGGAAAUUUCAUUUGCGAUCAUGAAAAAUGGAUUGAGAGCAGACAGAGAGUGGAAGAAUUUUACAAAGACGCCGAAGUGACCAUGAAAGAACUCGACGAGCUCCAUCGGCAUGUGAUAAGAAGUAAAAUGUUACGAGCUAGUCAAGUGGAGGACGCCAUAAAUACUAGCUGCGAUAUGGCGGAAUCUACGAAAAUGCUUGUCCAUAAUUCAACCGAAAUGGGCAAAGAGCUAGUCCAAAACAUAGAAUACGAAAACAGAACUCGCAAAUUUUCCAUAGAAGAUAUAAGUAAAAUCUACACACCGCAAGACACCCUGGACACAAUAGAAAAGAUACACCAAAUUGUGAACGAUAUUCGAAAAAAGCAACAGGAAAUCGAAUCGGCUUGGUUGGCAAUGGAACGGAGUCUCGUAGAUACCAAAGAUUUGUGCCAAUUAGAGGAAGGAAUUGCCAAAGUCACAAGUUGGAUUUUAGGCCCAGCGGAACAAAUGCUCAAAUCAAACCAAGCAGUAGGCUAUGACGUCGCGUCAGCUGAAGAACUCAGACGGGAGCACGAGACGAUCGAGCUGAGGUGCUGGGAAGCUUACGGAAACUACGCGGAAAUUCUCUACAAAAUCAAUCUAGUCUCGAAAAGUCACGACGAACCGAAUCCUCAACUGAAAGAUAUUAUUUCCCAGAAAGACUUUAUGGAUUUCGUUUGCAGGAGUUUCGCUUCACGCCUGGAAAGAAGGCGAAAUAUCUUGAUUACGUCCCUGAGGUUUUUCCGACUCGUUGCCGAAUAUUUUGACAAAACCGGCGACGUAUUCGAUUCUCUAGUUAUGGGCAGCGAUGUUAACGAUUUCGAAAACGCUGCUAGAAAAUUGAAAGAAUUGCAAGAGAGUCAAUCGUGUUUAGAUAAUAUAGAAGAAGAUCUCAGGAAACAGGGAGAGAAGUUGUCCGAUAUGUUGUCGAUGCCGGUGAAAGAUGCUCUUGGACAAGAAAUUAGCAUCGAUUACAGCGAAGAUAUCGGAAACAUUCGGGAUAUUCUAGACGCCACGGUGGCGAGAAAGAAUAUAUUCAGCGACAGCGUCGAGUUACAGAAACUCUCGUUGCAGCAGGUUACUUUUAUAGACACAUACGAAAAAGACGCUCAACAAGCUGUGAAAUGGCUAGGUGAUAUUUUGACUGUAAUUCUAAGAGACCACGGACACGUCGGAUCUACGGUGUACGAAAUACAAUUGCAAAAAGAAGAACAUCAGAUAUUUCAAGAAACUGCCAAGGACGCGUAUAAUUAUGGAUGCCAACUGUUAAGUGCGUCACUUCUUCUAAGGCAAUCGUGCAAGUUGCCACUUGCCCCCCACAACGCUCUCUGUCAAAACUUGAGAAAUUUUUGGGAAGCGAUUUUGCACAUAAGUCAAGAACAAAUGACCAGACUUAGAGUUUCCGCGGUAUUUCACCGGUCCAUUGAAGAUCAUUGCAAUCAACUUAGAGAUAUGAGGGAAGCUGUGGCCACGAUCCCCUUAAUGGCAUUGACAAAGAAACGAUCCAGGGUCAAUUACUACUUUGGAGCAAGGGAAAAAUUAAUGGUAGAAGUCGGAAGGAUGGUUCGCCUCGGAAGAUUAUUGAGAAGUAGACUGAAAGAGUCGCUUUAUCAAGAGGAAAGUUUUUCCAAGUUAGACGAAAACCUCCAUCAACUAUCUCUCGACGCUAUCAAAAACAACGAAAUCGCAAACGAAGCUAUAUCCGAGAGACUCUCCGAAGUCACCCAGCUCUCGGAAGAGCUAGACCAAGCUUUAAAAAGCGCACAGCAAGACUGUAUAGUUUUCUCCACUGCUUCUACUUCUACCAAUUCGUCGUUUAGCGAAAUAAACAACAAUAUUCCCUGCUCUUCCCCGAAAGAAAUGGAGAACAACCCAAGCACAUCCGAGAAACUUAAUAAAACUGAUGAUCAGCUGAGAUCUGACGAAGAGUUUCAAACCGCCUCUGAUGGUACUCUUCAGCAUUCGCGCUCCUCUUCGUACAACACAGCAUCCGAGUGCGAGCAGCGCUACUCCCCUUGGUGGCAGUACGGAAAAGACGACAUGAGAGACAACAUCGUUAAAGAAAAAAUGGUGCUUGGAGUAGGUCUACCGGAAUUGCCUCCCAUAAAAGACGUCCUGAAACCGUCUCCCGAGGUUCCCCCGGGCAAGAUAGCCCGCGAGGUGACCGAAACCACCCAUAUAAAAGUCCAGCAGCAGCAUACCUUAGGGGUGAAAUCGUUUGUUCUGACAUCGGAAACUGUGAGAGACAAAAACGCGGAAGGCGAGACGACAAGAGAAAAGUCCAUCAGGUUCCGGGGAACCGAUGGAACGGAAGUCGUUCUUGACGGACGUGGUAAAAGCGAAAUAGACGCCGAAGACUUAAUGAAAAGAUUGAGAGAGUGCGGAGAUUGGAUUAGCCUGAAGAUUUUAGAAAUCACCCCGGAACUGACGAGUCUAGGUGCAACACUCGCCCAAGCAAUAGAGUUGCAAAAAGCGCACGAUGAAGUUCUCCGUCAGUUACAGAACAAGCAAAGUCCAGUGGAAGAAUUACUCAGACAAGCCGAUCAACUUAUCGCCACCCAGAGACCUAGAGCCGAGGUUUAUGCUGCCAUGGCAGAAUCGCUCGGAAGAGCUUGGAGGGAUAUCAAUUCUACCCUGGAACUAAGAAAGAUUAUUCUCGACCUGAACGUCCAGUACCACACCAAGGCACAGGAGUUCUUCGAGAAAAACGAUGCGCUGGAAUCGGCAUGUUCAGACACAGUGAUACCGGUGGAGAUAGAGGCCGUAAAGAAUUUCCUGACCACUAUCCAUGACCUCCGCAGGGCUUUAUUGGAAUCUUUAAUGGGGGCGCUUCAGGCGGGCAAUUCGCUUUUAGGAAAAUUAAAGGAACUUGGAGCCGAAGGCACACUCGACUCGCGACCCGAACGAAUACGAACUUCUGUUAAUCGAGCAAUCUCACAAGUACAAAGUUGGUUAGACGAGUUGCACGUUAAAAGGCAAAUUUUGGAACUCACAUUUAACAGAAGAAAAACGCAACUGGAACAGUGCCUCGCCCUCGCACUUCUCGCGGCUGAUUUGAAAGAACUCGAAGAUAAAAUACACGACAGACGAAAUUUGUUGGCUAGCAGCAGUCAAUUAGGCGAUUCAUCGUCAAGUGCCGAACUUUUACUACACGAGCACCGAAAGCUGCUACCUGAAGCCAAGCAGCUUCAAGAGAAAGCUUUAAAAAUCACCAAAGCCACCGAGCAAUUGCUCGCAUCCGGUUGUUUUGCAGGAGAACAAGCCACGCAACAAGCUUACGUUGUCUUGUCAUCAACAUCUGACUAUUUGACUGACUUACAAAAUCACGAAAGUCUUCUUGAACGAGUUAUAGCCUUCUUCCGAUCCGCUCAGACGGUUCUCAACAAAUUAGACCAAUUGGAAAUUCAGUUGAAAACAACGGAACUUCCGAAAACUUCUCCCAAGUUAGCUGAGCUUCACGCGCAAUGUUCCAGAACUAUAGAUGAAUCAACUUCAGCACCGAUACGUGAAGGCUAUGCGAUUAUAGAUUCGGCGGCCACUUUUAGCGGAACAGAAGGCGUUAAAAAGAUGGUUCAAGAACUAGAAGACAUGAAAAUCCUUCUAAAUGGAUUGUGCACUGCUCAUAAGGAAGAGAAUAUCAGAAUCAACGCAGCCCUCAACAACUUUUUGGAGAGACAUAACGAAAUUUAUAAGUGGUUAGUGACGAUUGCGGAGGCGUUCCUACAAGGACACCAAGAUAUGGGCGGGGAUUUGAGAUUAGCAGAGGACUUUUUCCAGUUACACAACCAAUUGCAAAACGAUUUACAGACGAAAGGAAACGAAAUUAACCAAUUACUUUUAACCCUACCGCCGAUAUUGGAAUACCUCGAAGAUAACCAAAGAAAAGACGUAGACUCUAAGGUGGAAGGGCUACAUGACAGAUGGAUGAAGAUGAAGAACCUUUUAGAAAACCGUCUUGAUUUGGCAAGAAUGUAUGUCAAGUUCCACAUGGAGGCUGACAUUGUUAACAGAGAAAUGGAUAAACUCGAGGCCUCGCUAAAGAACAAAGGUGAUAUUGAUGAAGAAGCGAUGAAGGCUACCGAAGAAAAAUUCGAAUCUCUGAUUCCCUAUUUCCAGUCGGCGAAGAAUACGGGUUUGACAUUUAUCAAUGACAGCAAAAGGAUUUCCGAGCCUCAUCUCGACGCUCAACGCGCCCGUGUCUGCGUGGAGUCUGUGUUAGACCGUCUUUCGAAUCGUCAGUUGAAUGUGACCAGAACUUGGGAAACUUUCCGCGACGAAGUUAUCGAAAGGCGCGAGAUCCUUGUCCGACUGGAGAAAACAAUGGCCGAAAGCACCAAGACAAUCAGCUGGGUAUCCAAGCUAGACUCGCAGUUAUAUCCUGUAAUCACCACCAAUAGUACCAAACCGAACGAGGUAGCGGCAUUCUUAGAACACAAACUUGAAAAGGUUUUACCGGACAUCAGGAAAGCUCAGAACGAAGUGGCUCAGAAAAUACGAAGCGCCGAAGAGCUUAUUGCCAAAGCUCACAGUUCCGACCAAGCAACCCAGACCGUUAGGAGCAGGCUCAACGAGCUGAAUCAAAAGUUAGUAGAAAUUUCUUCAGAAUACCAAAUACUCCUGCAGGUUCUAGUCGGGUAUUUUAGAAAUCUGGAAGAGAUAGAUAAAAAGGCUGAAGCGUUCAUUUCCGCCCAGCCGCAAGAUUUGGAAAGCAUUGAAAGCAUUGAAAGGGAACACGAUCUACUUCGAGAGACCAUAGCGGAAAGAUUCAGAUUCGCUGAAGCCGAGUGCGAACAAAUCGAGCACAGAAUUCGGAAGCAAGAACCAUCUUCAUCUGCUGAAGAAGAUAUUAGAAAGCUGCGAUAUAUUUUAGAACUUAGCAAGUCUAAAUUCGAAAAUAUCUAUCGCCAAAGGCAGGAGUCAUUUAACACGUAUCGCCAAAUAGUGGAAUUCACCACUGAAUCACAAAAAAUCAUUCAAACAAUAGACGAUCUCAGUCGACAGUUGAACGAUGUCAAGAACCGGAGUGGAGAUUCCUCCACAAGUUCAAAAUCAGCUAGGGAUACGUUCCAACAAUUUACAAGGCACGUUGAGACUAUGGGAAUUCGCAUCAAAAAGCUUAGCAGCGAUGGAAACAAACUUAAAGAAGAAUGUCCUGGGCACGUAUCAAAAAUCGAAACAGAAAUAUCUACAGUCCGAUUUAAAUUUAACAACCUGACCAAUCAACUUGAUACAACCAAAGAGAGCCUGGAUCAAAAUGUAAAGUAUUUCCAACUGGUAGACGAGGCUAACGAUUGGUUUAAAGAAGGCAGCAAGUUGCUCAUAACAAUCGCACGGAAAUCGACUUCUGUGAAACAACCGGAAGAAGCGCUAAAACUUCUGGAAGAAAUCGAUUUAUUCCUUCGACCAGGCGAAGCCGAACAGUCGCAAAGAAUUCAAGAAAUAUCCACCUUGGCGUAUUACAUUUAUGGACCCGAACAAUCCAAGCAAGCUCCCGUUAUUUCCGCUAACAGAGAAAUGUUAGAUUCAUUCGCAUCAAUCAGAAACGAACUGCAAGCGCUGUCGGACAAUCUUGUAGCCGCAGAAGAAGAAAAGCAGCGUUUGUUAAGAGAACAAGAAAACGCAAGGAAAGCCGAAGAAUUGAGAAAAUUGGAAGAAGCUCGUCUUGCCGAAGAACGAAGAAAGGCAGAAGAAGCUCAUCUUGCUGAACAGGCUCGGCUUGCAGAGCAACGCAGACAAGCCGAAGAGGCAAGAUUGGCGGAGCAAAAGCGUCUAGCAGAAGAACAACUUAGAGCAGAACAAGCUAGGAUUGCAGAAGAAGCUAGACUAGCUGAUGAACGUCGAAAAGCAGAAGAAGCUAGACUAUCAGAGGAGGCCAGACUAGUAGAUGAGAAACGUAAAAUUGAUGAAGCUCGCCUCGCCGAAGAAGCCAGAAGAGUGGAGGUUGCGAGACAGGAGGUUGAAUUGCUGAAGGCUGAGCAAAUAAGAUUGUUGGAAGAAACUAAACAGGCUGAACUGUCCAGACAAAAGGCCGAGGAAGAGGAACGACGUAGAAUUGAUGAGGCUAGACAAGCGGAAGUUGCAAGACAAAUGGAGCAAGCGAAAAAAUUGGAAGAACAAAAGAGGCAGGCUGAACAACAGCGUUUAGUUGAAGAAGAGAGGUUGCGCGCCGAACAAGCCAAAUUGGAUCAGCAGAAAAAGUUAUUAGAAGAAGAAAGAAAGAACGCCGAAUUGUCUCGGAUCGAAGAAGAGCGUAUAAGGUCUGAGAAAAUUAAAAUAGAAGAGCAACAACUUAGGGCGCAACUAGAAGAAGAAAGAAGGAAAGUGGCGGAAGAAGCUAGGAUAGAAAUGGAGAGACUUAGAGCCGAGCAGGCGAGAAUUGACGACGAAAAGAGGAAAGCCGAGGAAUUGAUUCGUCAAGAAGAAGAAAAACGCAAGGCAGAGCGACUGCGACUCGAAGCGGAACAAGCGAGACUAAAAGAAGAGAAGCACAAGCAGCAUUCAGUUCAGAUCACAGAAAUAACCGAGACCCAUAAAAUAGAAUCUUUACAAAGGGAAAAGAGUCCAAUGGUGGAAGAACCCCACGAGUCGCCAGUAUUUAUUUCUCCACUUAGCGAUGCUGUUAUUCAAGAAGGAUCAAAGUUUACAUUCAUGUGUCAAGUAACUGGUCAUCCUACACCUCAAGUUACUUGGUUUAAAUCAGGCGUUCCCAUACAAAACAAUCCAGACUAUCACACUUCUGUUCACAACGGAUUGUGUACCCUUACAAUAGAAGAAACGUUCGCAGAGGACUCUUCGAAAUAUACGUGCAGGGCAAUCAAUGCCUCGGGGAUGGCUGAAACAUCGGCAGUGCUAUCCGUGAAAGAAACGGAACCCGAGGAACAGUUAACGCCACCAUCAUUCGCCAAGUUAUUGCAACCUGGAGUGGCCAAGGAAGGGAGUACAUUUCGGUUCGAGUGUAAAGUUGAAGGAAACCCAUUGCCAACGGUUCAGUGGUUCAAGAAUAACGAGUGCAUUGAUAAUUCUCCUGAUUAUGUUAUUACUUAUAAUAACGGUGAGGCAAUAUUGAGCUUUGAAAAUGUUCAUCUUGCGCAUAAAGCUGAAUACUCUUGCAAGGCCAGCAACCAGCAAGGAACUGCACAGAGCACGGCUAACCUGUUAGUUACUCCAUCGGACUCCGCCGAAGCACCCCAGUUCCUGACGCCUCUGUCUAACGUGAUGGCUCGGGCCGGUCAGAAAAUAAAAUUGGAAUGCGAGUUUUCCGGAUUGCCGCAGCCAACUUUAACCUGGUCACACAACGGCAAACCAGUGAAGGAAACGCGUGAACUCAAGCUGCAAACCGAAGGCAACAGGGCGACACUCGUAAUAUACGAGGCGUUCCCGAAAGACGCCGGUACUUACACUGUAAAUGUUAAAAACGUCGCAGGUGAAGCUUCGUCUACCAGUUCGGUUGCAGUCAAAGGAAAAUUGCCGACAGAAACAUCCGAUUCGGAACUGGCUAGCGAUAUGGAACCCGUCAAACCGUCGAUUCAGCUGCAACUGACGGACACGACCGUAAAGGAAGGAGAUAAAAUCCGCCUAGACUGCAUAAUAGUCGGUCAACCGGAACCGGAAGUCAUUUGGUACCACGAUAACCACCCCGUUAAGGAAUCGCCCGAUUUUCAGCUACUUUUCCAAGGCGAUCGAUGUUCAUUGGUUAUCCAGGAGGUGCUUCCCGAAGAUGCGGGACAAUAUAAAGUUGUCGCGUUAAACUCUGCCGGAGAGGCAUCGAGUGAAUGUUCUCUUACCGUCGAACCUAAACCAAGUGCUGUUAAACCACCGGAACCAAUUAGUGUCCCUCCCAAAUUUGUUAAGCUUUUGACCGAUGUAUUGGUUUCCGAAGGCGAAAAAGUAUCAUUUGAAGGAAACGUAACCGGGGAACCAACUCCCGAACUAAAAUGGCUCUUAAACAACAUCCCCGUUACCGACAACGAACACUACAAAACAAUACACGAUUCGGAAGGCAAUUUCAAACUGGAAAUUGAAAACGCGAAAGCUGGCGAUAAGGGCGUUUAUACGGUAAAAGCUUCCAACCUCGCCGGAGACGCGAAAUGCUUCGCGCAACUAAUAGUAAAAACGUCCAAACCUUCCGAAUCGGUAAAACACGAGGAAACCAAAUCGGCUCCGGUCUUUAAGGAACUGUUCAACGACCGAGUUGCUUUCGAAGAUACCGCCACUAAGUUUGAAUGCAUCGUAGCUGGAAAACCGACGCCGAAAAUACGAUGGCUUUUCAAUGGUGACUCUAUCUCGGGUAAAGAUUUUCUAAUCUCCACUUCUGGAGAUCGGCAAGUGCUAAGCAUUCCCAACCUCAAAAAGGAACACCAAGGUACCAUAACAUGCGUAGCGGAAAACGAAGUCGGCAAAGCCAGUUGGGCUGCCUCUCUUUCGGUUCAUCCGCAAUCAGUUUCAUUACCCGCAUCAAUUGGUCUGCCAAUCGAAACGAAGCAACACGUAGAAACGUCAUACUCGGUUAACAAGGAAGUCGUUACUAAAUCCUCCACGGUUUCCUCCAGCAAGAUGACGACAACGACCAGCGCGGAGCCCCAUAUAGAAGAACAUAAGACCGUCUCUCAAAAUGCUCAGUUCUUCAAGCAAGUAAACCAGGCAGCCCCAGAAAUUCAAAAAUCCGAAAGAAUCGAGGAAUACCAUAAGGUUGGUAACGAACCGGCAAUCAUUUCCGAGAAAUCGUCUUCAACUUACGUAAUCGGAGAUCAGGUCGAUAUUAAUAAACAAACGAAAUCAAUAGAGCAAUCAGUUAUUACGAAACCAGCUAAAAUUACGAGGCCACCGAAAUUUGUGUCUCCUGUCACGGGCAAGAUAGUCGAUCAAUACGUGGACGUCAUUCUGGAGGGCAUACUAGACGGACAGCCAACCCCAAAAGUAACUUGGACAAAGAACGGGGAAGAACUUAGAGAGACCGAUAGGAUCAAGAUUAAAUUCGAUUUAAACAAAGCGUCGCUUGAAAUCAAAAACACGAACAGUGAAGACGGAGGGAGGUACAGUUGCACCGCGACGAACGAAGCUGGUUCCGCCACCAGUACUGCUGACUUGGUCGUCAGAAAAACGAUAUUCCCGCCAGUCUUCGGUCGUCGCCUUCAAGCUCAGGUUUCCAAGAAAGGCGAUAGGAUAAUCAUGGAUGUGGAAAUUACCGGAACUCCAGAACCGACGGUAACGUGGUACAAGGAUGGGGUGCCUAUCAAACAAGCUUUGGGCAACAACUGUAAGGUUAAAUCUAUAGGCCAGAGCCAUUCCCUUAUUAUCGAAAAAGGAGAUUUAAGUCAUACUGGAAGGUAUAUGGUUAGAGCUACGAACGCAGGAGGCGAAGCUCAAAGUAUUGCCGACAUAGCAGUAUACGAACCUACGCCCGACACUAUGAUGGAGGUGGUAAAAACCGUAGUAUUCGAGGACGUUAAAAAACACGAAACAUUGGCUUCGGCAUCUGAUAAAACAUCUUCUUCAGUUACAACACAAAAACCAAUCUUUGAAAUUCCAAAGGUUCCGAUCAACGCCACUAGCGAAAUUUCCCAGUCUUAUAGCUCAAAAUCGGAAUUUACUUCAACAUCUGAACAAAAAAUCGCCCAGCACUCGCAAACUAUCAAACUCGAACAUAAAGUUCCAGAUAUACCCUUCCCUAAACCGAUCGAGGCUCAUAUCGAACGGCAAACUGAUUUCCAAAUAAUACAAGGACCCGAUACUGAAAAACAAGUGAUUGAAGAGAAAAGAACCGAAAUUCAAGAAGGCGGAAUCGAAACCAGUUCGAUCUCUAAGCAGUCAUCCCUUCAGUUCUUUGUCAAAAAGAUGAAAGAAGGCGAGGCUGCUUCCCCGCAAAAGGAGUCUGCAGUUCCAGAACCUAUAAAGCCUGAAAUUUAUCAAAAGUUCUCUAGUGUGAAAAAGGAAACGGACAUUCCGAUUAAGCUCGAGCAGCAGCCUCAGAAGGAAUACGUUCCGUUUUCGGAAAAUAUCACGUCGACGCCACCAAUCAAAGAAUAUAAAACAUUUUCUUCGAAGAAUGAAGUGACUAAUGAGUAUAAAUCUGAAUCGACAAUGCACGAAUAUAAAGGUAUUUCGAAAACGCAAGAAGUGUCUCAGCCAUUCAAGCCACAAAUUUUCCAAGAACAGUCACCUAGCGCCAAAAAGCCAUUUACUCAAGAAUAUUCUUCAUUCUCUUCCGUGGAACACAUCUCGGAACCUCAGCACUACAAAACCUACUCGAAGGAGGUUGUUCGAGAUUUCGAUAUCAAACCCGAACCACCCGCGGAAAUUUGUUAUACCCCAAAACCGGAACCGACUCGUAAAAUAGAGAACGUUUCUGAGAAAAUUAGGAAAAUAUCCGAAAAACAGAAAGAGCUACCACCUCACGAAAUACCUCAGGGCGGCGUCAAAAUAUUUCCGUCUCAAACUUCGGAGAGGAAGGAAUUCUCUCAGAAGAGCGAGAGCUCUUAUCAGACUUCGUCUUUUCAAACUUCAUCUUCUUCGUAUAGCCAUAGCUACGAAAAAAGCGAAGGACAUAAAACGCCAGAGCUACCACCGAUACAAAAGAUAUGGUCCACGAAGCACGAAAUGGUAGAAAGGCCGAUAUCCGCAGCUUCGUCUUCGUACUCGACCGAGAGACAUACUUUUAGCCGUCCGUUAUCGGCCAUGUCGGGAGAACCCUCUCUAGAUGCAAUUCAAAUGGAGAAACAAUGGGCGCACAAAUUUUCCGACACGCACGUGGACAAAUCCUGGCCGCCAACAGCUGCUGAAGAACCCAAACUACAAUCAACGUGGUCCACGCAAACCACGCUGGAAAAAAAAUGGUCUCCUGUCCAUGUGAAAUUCGAAAAAACGGUGCAAGAAUCUAAGGAUUUUUUAGACAAAACUCCAGUUCUAGUGCCGCAUUAUAUAGGCGAGGUGACUCGGCUGGAGACGACCGUCAAAGAUCAAAACUUGGAAUCUUUCUCGAGCAAGAAAUCGGAAAGUAUAAUCGAGGAAAGCAAUAAACGACCUUCGGACAUAAUAAAAUCUUGGCCGCCAACUGGUCCCGUACAAGAAUAUGUUGCACAACCUUCGAAGCCUUACCCAUCGAUCGAUUCGAUAUCCAUCCGUCCAGUUUCGGUCCAGGAUAUCACCGACGAAGUCUAUUUGGAACCGGGACCGCCUCCGGAAAUCGGUUACGCGGCACCACCCACGGAAAGAAGGCGGUCUUACGUCGAAAUGAUCGAACAUGAACUCGAGAAAGAUUUGCAGAGAGAACCCUCAAAAGUGCCUCCUUGUGCCGUAAGAACCAUCCCGCCGCCAUUGCCGCCCAAAAAGGAGUAUCCCCAAGCCCCGCCUCUACCCGCUAAGCCGAAGCCUAAAAAAACAACCUCCUUGCCUUACGUGCCGUUUGAAAAGUUCCCUGAUCUGGAGCCGUUCCCGUUCAAACCCGAACCCGAACAGCCGAAACCGCCGAGAGUGGGACCACCUCCCACCCCAUCAAAAUUCAUCAAAGGGAGAUUCACCGAUAGCGAUUACGAAAGCGAUUUCGAAGCGGUGAGAAUACCGCCAAAAUGGAAGCCUUCGAUGAGCGAUACGGAGGAGCCUAUGUACAGGAGAGUGAGACCGCCUAAACUCCUAUCCACGGGACGAUCGCGAUCUCAAGAACCGGAACCCUUGCCUCCGUCUCAAUUCGAUCAGCCGCCGCAAUUCAAGGGUCCGCCACGGCCCGAGAUAAAUUUCGAAGAAUGCAGACGCAAAAAGGAUUCGUCGCAAAUAAAGAAGUUCACCAAACAUUACGAGGCGAUGCGCAGGGAAGUUUCACCGCCCAAACUAAAACCCGCCAGUCCUCCGAUUUACGUCGUUCCGGAGAAAAAGCCGGAAUCGCCAAAAGCUAAGAAAAAAGUCGUCAUCGACGGGUACAUGGCCGAUACGGAUGAGCCGUUUAACCAACAAUUUAUGAGAAGCGAGUAUUCUAAAGAGGAAAGAACGGAAACGAGGCAGUUUUCUCAAACCAGUCAGAAAAUUUUUGAGAGUUCUAGUCAAAAAAUUGUGGCGCCCAAAGUCAGGACCGCCAAAUUUCCGGUUAAAAAGCAUCACUCGUCAAUGACGGCAAAAAAGGAGCUCAUCGCUACUCCAAUAGUGACGAGUCAAACGACGCAGCAAUUCACAGAACAUCGCGAAAAACAAACGAAAUUGGAGCCGUUCCCGUAUCAGCCCGACGUAGCGCCGACCAGAAAGCAAAAGGUACCCCCACCACCGAGCCCGUCUAAGUUCGUCAAAGGCGAGUUUAGGGAAAGCGACUACGAAAGCGACUACGAGGGUCGUAUACCUCCCGUGUGGGGUUCAGGCGACGAUCGUCACUACAAACCCGUACGUCCGGUGCUAACUCCCAGUCAACAACAUCAACAAAUUGGCCGAACGCCGACGCCGCCGACCGAAUUCGACCAUCCCCCGCACAUCGACGGGCCUCCGAGGCCAAAAUUUGAGCCAAUCGAGAAAAUUACUCCUAUUUCGAAACCUGUUGUUUUUCGACCCAAAGCGGUAUCGGCAACGCAGGCGGUUGAUUUAACCGUUGCUAAAGCAAAACUAGGCCCCGGUUCAACUCCGAAGAAGACGCAAUAUUACAAGUCGACCGUCAGCGCUCCAUUCGAAAACGCCGUUCAGACCGAAACUUCGAAUAUAGUUCACCUGGACGAAACGACCGACACGUGUCAUCGGAUGAUGAGCGUUCAGCAAACGCAUAAAGUCAUCAAAUUCGGAGAUCAGUAUAAGGGGCGCGAACAGGUAGACUCGUUCCCUUACAAGCAGGACAGGAUCAGAAGGGCUACUAGCGUGCCGGCUCAGCCUACGCCGACAAAAUUCGUGCCAGGGGAAUUUCGCGAGAGUGAUUACGAAAGCGAAUUCGAAUCCACCAAAAUUAAACCGAAAUGGACGCCGGGCGGCAGCGACACGGAAGAUGUUCAUUACAGAAGGGUUAAAGCACCGACGCCGUCUAGAAUCUACACCAGCGAAACUGGAUACGAACAAAGAAUCCUUACUCCGAUGGAGUUCGAUACGCAACCUGCAACCGUAUCAUCGACAACUGAUUUUACCGAUACGACCACGAGAAACGAGUCUACGUUUAAAAAGUUUUCGGAAUUUGGUUCGAAUCAGGUGAUGAAAAGGAGUCAGUCGUAUGAACCCGCGAUAAAACUAAAACCCGGUAGUCCGCCGGAGUAUGGCUACGCUCAAGACCAGAGAAUCACCAGAUCCACAGCCACCAAAAUGGCGACCCAUCACAUGAACAGCAUGACGAAAGAUUUUAAAUCGAAAACGCAGAAGUUUGUCAAAGAUAUAAUGAACGAUGUCAGUGUGAAUCAGCAACAGAGGCCUAUACUGAAAUCGGACGGGGAUGACGCGCAAGUGUACAGGGAAGAAUCUAGAGCCAUGACCUCAGGAACAAAGCAUGUCGACCCAGAUACGGGACUGAUAUACUUCAAGUACGAUUUCGGCUACGAAUUUGGCAUUAUACUGCCGGGGGAGAGCAAAGCUGGCGAGAUUCCGGUACCAAAAAAAACCGUGAUAGAACCACCAAAACGGGCGGUCGAUAUAGAGAUGCCCGUUUACCACGAGACCACAAAUAAACCUUCUCACGACACUAACCACUAUCAGGCUCCCACUCCGCAGUUUAAACCGAAGAAAUUUACUAACAAAUGGGACCCCACGUCGGAAAGCGAAAUGUCCGAAUACGAGAAAGACAGCAAACGGAAACAAGGUUCGAGAUGGGAACCGUCGUCUUGUAGUCCGAUGUCUCUAUCGCCUAGUUUGCCUAGUACUUCUCCAGCUUUUAACAAUACUUUCGCAGAUCGAACGGAGACCCAAACUCCACCCAGUUGCCCUAGUACUCCCGGAAGUACCAAAAUUAUACUUGGUCAACCUCGGGUGCCUAUGUUUAUAACGCCGUUGCGUGAUAUCGCCGUUGUCAGCGGCCAAGCAGCGAAAUUCGAAUGUAUCGUACAGUCAGAACCACCACCUAAUAUUCUUUGGUCAAAGAAUGGAAGAAUUAUAGAAAACUCCAACGAUCACCAAAUUCAUUAUAGAAAUGGGGUUUGCAGACUAACUAUAGCUCAAGCGUAUCCAGAGGACGCCGGCACAUAUACAUGUACAGCGACGAACCCCGUAGGCAGUACCAACACGACAGCAAAUCUGCAAGUACCAGGCGUUCCUUCACCUAUGUACGGCACAUAUCGCCAACUGAACACAGGCAGAAGAAGCGCUUCUCCGGAACCUUAUCGCCGACCGGAAUCCCCAGAAACUUUACAUUCUCUGUCAGGUGUUCAAGGAGGUCAGCUAACCCAGGAGCAACUCCAACAAAUUCCGGGUUUCGGCCCAAAUGCUCAACCACCUGUGUUCGAGAAGGUGUUUAGCAAUGCGAGAUUCGCCCAAGGAGGUGUGGCCGCGUUCGAAGGACGAAUCACCGGCAAACCACAACCUACGGUCUCGUGGACUAGAAAUGGAGCACCACUCCUUAAUUCCCAGAAGCAUCGACUUAGUUACAACGAAUCGACUGGAGAUGUUACACUCCAGAUACACCAAAUUGGUCCGGGAGACGAGGGCGAAUACAUAUGCACUGCCAAAAACCAAUACGGAGAGGCGGUGUGUUCCGUCUACAUAUCCCCUGAGGGAAUGCAGAUGCCCCAGAGGUUUUCGCAGAGUCAAUUCGAGAAAACCACGACCUACUCAAAUGGUACCGUAAUCACGGAAGACUUCAAAAUAGACACAUUUGAAUAUAGGUUACUUAGAGAAGUAUCCUUCCGCGAAUCCAUUACCAGGAGAUCUACAUACGAAAAAGACUCGCAGAUAUCGACAACAGUUGAACGGUCUCUCGGCCCACCGGCUCCUCCUCAAAUUUCCCAAAAACCACGCAAUUCAAAAUUGCUCGAAGGGUCUGAUGCAGUGUUUACGUCGAAGCUAUCCGCCAACCCCCGUCCCAGGUUGACCUGGUUCAAAAACGGGCAGCGGAUAGUGGAAUCUCAAAAAUAUGAAAGCAGCUUCUCGAACAAUCAGGCUUCGUUGAGGGUCAAGCAGGUUUCGUCUGACGAUUCGGGCCAUUACACUUUGCUGGCGGAAAACCCUCAAGGUUGCGUUGUAUCGUCGGCGUACCUCGCCAUUGAACCAGUAACCACCCAAGAAGGUUUGAUCCAUGAGUCGUCAUUCAAAUCUCAACAAACCGAAGUUGAAACUACCGAUACUAGCAAAACACUCGCGCCAAACUUCGUUAGAGUUUGCGGAGACAGAGAUAUAACCGAAGGAAAGAUGACCCGUUUUGACUGCCGAGUAACCGGUAGGCCUUACCCGGAAGUUACGUGGUACAUCAACGGAAAACAAGUCACCGAUGACCACAACCACAAAAUCUUGGUCAACGAAUCCGGCAACCACGCCUUAAUGAUUACGUCGGUGAGUCGAAACGACUCCGGCGUGGUGACGUGUGUCGCAAAGAAUAAAACCGGCGAAACAUCUUUCCAAUGCAAUUUGAACGUUAUCGAAAAAGAACAAGUAGUUGCCCCGAAGUUUGUCGAAAGAUUUACCACCGUCAAUGUACGUGAAGGAGAACCGGUCCUAUUGAACGCUCGUGCUGUUGGUACACCCAUUCCGCGCAUUAGCUGGCAAAAGGACGGAGUUCCUUUGCAAUCAAGCCCGGAUGUUCGCAUUGCCAUAGACGGAGGCGCUACUUCGCUAGAUAUACCGAGAGCUAAGGUUUCGGAUGCGGCUUGGUACCAAUGUACCGCCCAAAACGUUGCGGGCUCAACCGCAACCCGAGCGAGACUAUUCGUCGAAACACCACAAGGACCUACUCCCGAACCCAGACGCCUGCACUUGCCAAGACCUACAAAAGUCAUCGAACCUGAACCCGAACCUGGCCCGGAAGUGAUCUACCUCCGCCAUGUGGAAAGAUCAAGGCCACAUCCAGUUCCCGGCGAAGAAGAUCGUAUUUAUCCCCCACCUAGAUUCAUCAUCCCGUUACAAGACGCAAUUCAAUUCGAAGGUGGCAAGGUUCACUUCGAGGCCAGGAUUGAACCAGUCGGCGACCCGACCAUGGUUGUUGAGUGGUUCUUGAAUGGAAGACCAAUGGCAGCCAGUUCUAGAGCAACUUCGAUAUUCCGCUUUGGCUUUAUUGCUCUAGAUUUAAUUAGCUUAACCCUUAACGAUGCCGGCGAAUAUGUGUGUCGUGUAAGGAGCGCAACAGGAUGCGUAGAAUCUCGUGCAAAUCUUAUCGUUAAAGCCAGAGAAUCUAUAGAGAAAACCAGUCAACACCCAGACAGUUUGCAAUACAUUCAACACUUGGAAGAUUAUUCCAAAUAUCAACGUCAAGAAAGCCUGGAAGAGAAAACAAAUCAGAAACCUCAUUUCAUCCGUCCACUCCAGGAUCUUGGAGAGCUCCAGGAAGGCAGAAAUGCGCACUUUGAGGCGCAACUGACUCCUGUCAGUGAUCCAACCAUGAAAGUGGAGUGGUACAAAGAUGGUCGACCGAUUACGGCCAGCUCCAGGAUCUCGACGAUCUUCAACUUCGGCUACGUGUCUCUCAACAUAAUGCACCUACGGGCCGAAGAUGCAGGAUCCUACACCGUGAGAGCUGUGAAUCAUUUAGGUGAAGCGAUUAGUACCGCUACUGUCCAGGUGUUCAGCAAAUUGACGGUGACUGGUGAUUUGGGAAUCCCAGAACAGCAACGCUAUAUCGAAAAAGUCGAGGAACUAGAAGCUUGGCAACAGCAGCAACAUCAGAAAUACGUCGUAGAAAGCCCAGAAAGUAUGGCUCCGCCAGAAUUCAAGACACCGAUUAAAGAUCAACUUGGAAUUCGCGAAGGUGGUUUCGCACAUUUCGAAGCGAGAUUAGAACCCGUAGGAGAUGCAACUCUUAAAGUCGAAUGGCUUAAAGAUGGGCGCCCGGUAGAAGCCAGCUCUAGAAUUACAAGUUUCUUUAACUUUGGUUAUGUAGCUUUAACGAUUAAGGAAGUUACCAUUCACGAUGUCGGUAACUACACGUGUCGCGCGUUCAAUGCAUUGGGAGAGGCGACUACGACGGCACAAUUAAGUGUUGUGAGUAAAAAAGAUAUAAUAUUCGACUCGCAGCACCCCGGAGGAUUAGAAAAAAUCCAGCACUUGGAAGACACGAGUCGAUAUUUAAGGAAGGAACAAGAAGAAAUUGAAGUUACGCAGAAACCCCGGUUUUUGGGACCACUGAAAGGUACGAACAAAAUUGUCGAAGGACAGAGAGCACAUUUUGAGGCUCGAGUCGAACCACAAAGUGAUAUGACUUUGAAAAUCGAAUGGUAUUUCAACGGAAGACCCAUUCAACCUGCAAACCGAAUUCAAACCUACCACGAUUUUGGGUAUGUCGCUCUUGACAUCCUCAGCGUUAGAGAAGAGGACGCAGGAACUUACACGGUGGUAGCUAGAAACGCUUUGGGUGAAGCACAAGUAUCUGCUAGCAUGGUAGUCGAAACUCGAGCAAGUAUCGACACAAGAAGUAUGCACAAAGGUGCGUUCGACAAAACUCAGCACCUAGAACAAUCCAAGUUUGUUGAACCCCAAUACCACAUAGAAGAAAUUUCAAAAUCGAAACCAAUAUUCGUGGUACCGCUUUCCGACCCGCAGCCUUGCCAGGAAGGCAGAAACAUCCACUUAGAAUGCCGCCUGGAACCGAUGGGCGAUCCGACCAUGCGCGUGGAGUGGUAUUGUAACGGAAAACCAGUAACCGUUGGAUCUAGGUUUAGAACCUACAACGAUUUCGGGUUUGUAGCCCUUGACAUCAUCCACGCUACAGCUCAAGAUUCAGGGGAAUAUACUGUUCGUGCCGUCAAUCAUUUAGGCUCAGCCCAUACCUCCGCUUGCGUAAGAGUUAUCGCGAAAUCGGAUAUUAUUACCGAGAGUCAGCACGAACAAUCUUUGGAACAAAUUCAAAUGCUCGAAGAUUCUUCCCGAUACAGGAAACACAUCGAAGAAGACGUUACCGUGUUGCAAGCCCCACAAUUUACCAGACCUCUGCAUAAUAUUGAAACCGUCGAAGGUACCAACGUGCAUAUGGAAUGCCGUCUUCAACCUGUGGGUGACUCAUCUAUGAAAGUCGAGUGGUUCUGCAAUGGACGCCCGGUUAAAACGGGUCAUCGGUUCAGACCGGCCUACGACUUUGACUACGUCGCACUGGAUUUACUCAGCGUAUAUCCUGAAGAUUCUGGAAUUUAUACUUGCCAGGCACGAAACCAACUUGGAGAAGCAGUUACUUCGUGCAGCGUCAGAGUCAUUGCAAAAAAAGACUUAUUGUUCGAUAGCCAGCAUCCUGCAGGAUUAGAGAAAAUACAACACCUAGAAGAUGCUUCCCGGUAUAAGCGCACGGAAUAUGUGGACGAACAGGUCACCGUGAAACCCAGAUUUGUUACCAAACCCAAGAACUUAGAGAACAUGGUUGAAGGUCAGCACGCCCAUUUCGAAUGCAAAAUAGAGCCGGUGACUGAUUCCAAUUUAAAAGUGGAAUGGUUUAAAAAUGGAAGGCCGGUAACCGUUGGGCAUAGAUUUCGUCCAAUACACGACUUUGGUUACGUAGCACUUGACGUAGUAGAUCUGAUAGCCGAAGAUUCUGGCAUUUACACCUGCCGGGCAACCAACUUGAUAGGUGUAGAUGAAACUACUUGCGCCCUAAAGGUAAGACAAACCGGCCAGAUUAUUACCAGCACCCAGAACGAUACUAGCUUGCAACAAAUUCAACACCUUGAAGACCGCUCGAAAUAUCAAAGGCGAGAAGAAAUCGAGGAAACUACCAAACAGGCGCCAAUAUUCACGACUUCCUUAAAAAAUAUAGAUAUUAAGGAAGGGCAACGCGCUCAUUUUGAAUGUCGGUUGAUCCCCGUAUCCGAUACCACAAUGAAGGUGGAAUGGCUACAUAACGGCCAACCAUUAAAGUCAGGAUCCAGAUUUACUGAAACAAACAGCUUCGGCUUCGUCGCUCUCGACAUAUUAUACACCUACCCUGAAGAUGCCGGCACCUAUACAUGCCGUGCCACAAACGCACUCGGGGAAGCCGUUACCUCUGCCGUAUGCAAUGUUCAAUCGAAAAAGUCGAUUUAUCUGGAAUCAGUACACGAAGGCGCUUUGGAAAGACUAUCGGAGUUGGAGGACUCGUCCAGAUACCAACGCAAAGAAGUUCACGAAGAAACGAUCAGUCAAGUGCCAGUAUUCACCAUGCCAAUUAAAGACUUAAGAGUCGCUGAAAAUCAAGCAGCUCACUUCGAAGCUAGAUUGAUUCCAGUAGGAGAUUCGAGGCUAAAAGUGGAGUGGUUACGUAAUGGAGUGUCGAUCCAAGCUUCGAAUCGUAUAACUACCAUGCAUGACUUCGGGUACGUAGCUCUAAAUAUGAAGUAUGUCAAUCCAGAAGAUUCUGGUACAUACACAUGUCGUGCGGUAAAUGACCUCGGCGAAGCAGUGACGUCUGCAGUACUCUACGUUCAAUCUAAGGCAUCUUUACAACUUGAAUCUCAACACGAGGGAGCAUUGCAAAAGCUGCGCCAGCUCGAAGAUUCCAGCCGAUACCAGCGCAAGGAGGAACAAGAACUAGAGGUCACGCAAAGUCCAUUCUUCUCCACUCAACUCAACGGACCUGCUGAACUGAUCGAAGGUCAAAGCGCGCACUACGAAUGCCGAAUCGAGCCCUAUCCUGACUCCAACUUGAAAGUGGAAUGGUUCCAUAACGGAAAGCCUUUGACAACCGGCCACAGAUUCCGCACAGCCUACGAUUUUGGAUUUGCCAGCCUGGACGUGCUUACUGCAUAUGCUGAAGAUUCUGGAGAAUAUACAUGCCGUGCGACCAAUCGCAUCGGGCAAGCUCAGUCCUCUGUACAGACCAGCGUUAAAUCAAAAUCAUCAAUUAUUCGUGAUACACAGCACGAAGGGGCCCUGCAAAAGAUUCAAUACCUCGAGGAUGACUCUAAAUACAGGAAGGUGGCGCAAGAUGAAGCUAUUCUGUUAGAAAAACCGAAAUUCGGAAGAGGGCUUAAAACCAUCGAAAACCUCCCUGAAGGUGCCAGUGCCCAUUUGGAAGCGACUCUAACGCCGGUUAAUGAUCCCACAAUGAGAGUAGAGUGGUUCUGCAACGGAAGACCCAUUCAGACAGGUCACCGAUUUAAAACGACCUACGAUUUUGGAUACGUGGCUUUAGAUAUUUUGUACGCUUAUGCAGAAGAUUCGGGAGUGUACAUGUGUAGAGCAAGAAACGUUGCUGGGGAAGCGGUGACAACUGCAAAUGUAUCGGUGGUCGCCAAGUCUGGACUUUACUUGGAUACAAUGGACGAACAAAGAUUAAAGAAAAUCAGAGAUCUCGAGUCAUACGAAAGACCCAAAAAAGAAGAAAUCGAACCAGUGGCGCAAAAACCUGUAUUCCUGACACCCCUCAUAAGCUUAGAUAAUCUAAAAGAAGGUGAACAUGCCCAUCUGGAGUGUCGCGUAGAACCGAUAAACGAUGCCAACCUAAAAAUUGAAUGGUACGUUAACGGCGUAAAACUCCGCGCUGGACAUAGGUUCAGAACAACCCAUGACUUCGGAUACGUGGCGCUUGACGUCUUGUACGCUUACCCUGAAGAUAGCGGUACCUAUAUGUGUAAAGCUACAAAUCUCGUUGGCGAAGCAGUUAACACUUGCACCAUUAAAGUUGGUGGAAGGAGCAGUAUUUUGCUUGAUACUCAACACCCAGAAGGUUUACAAAAAAUUCGAGAACUGGAAGCUCAAGGACAUCCUACUAGACUAGAAAUUGACGAACCCGUACCUACCCCUCCCAGAUUUAUUACCGAACUGCGAGGCACUACUGAAAUCUAUGAGGGCCAGACCGCUCAUUUUGAAGCCCAAGUCGAACCUAUCCAUGAUUCGAAUUUGAGAAUCGAAUUCUACCAUAACGGUAAACCGUUGCCGUCUGGAAACAGGUUCCAUAUAACCUUCGAUUUUGGAUACAUUGCACUUGACGUAACGCACGCCGUACCCGAAGAUGCUGGUGAAUAUUCUGUUAAAGCAAUCAAUAAUCUUGGACAAUGCGUUUCGUCUAUCAAUUUAAGAGUAAUUGCUAGAGACAGCAUUAUAACAGAGUCGCAGAGACCAGAAGGUUUAGAUAAAAUCAGGCAGCUGGAGGAACACCAGGCGUAUAAACGCCCAGAAGCAGAGGACCAGGUCACGAGGCAAAGACCAGUGUUUACUCAGCCACUUCAAAAUAUUGACUUUAUUAAUGAAGGGCAAACAGCUCACUUCGAAUGUAGACUGAUUCCAGUUGGUGACCCAACACUUAAAGUGGAAUGGUUUAGAAAUGAGAAACCAUUGGAAGACAGCUCGCGUAUAACCAAAGUACAUGACUUCGGUUACGUCUCCCUGGACAUCAAACAGAUCAGAGAAGAAGAUGAAGGCAUUUAUCUCUGUAGAGCUUCCAAUCCACUGGGAGAAGCUGUAACGACUGCAUCUAUGAAAAUUAGAACCAAAGCCAGCAUCCAGCUGGAUACUCAACAUCCAGAAGCUCAACGCAAAAUCGCCCAACUAGAGCAGCCACUGGCGCCAAGGCCAGAAGAACCGGAAAGAAUAUUUGAAAAACCCAUAUUUACUCAACUUUUAACUGGACCGACAGAGCUCUGGGAAGGUCAACACGCUCAUUUUGAAGCUAGAGUUGUACCUGUGGGUGAUGCGAGCUUGCGAUUUGAAUGGUACAUCAACGGAGUAGAACUAAAACUUGGGUCACGGUUUAAAGUUACUCAUGAUUUCGGUUUUGUUACUUUGGAUGUUAUGUCCACGGUGCCUAAUGACUCCGGGGUUUACACUUGUAAAGCCAUCAAUAAAUCCGGUGAAGCGGUUUCGUCCAUAUCGAUGAAGGUUAAAUCGAGAUCGAAUAUCGUCGGAGAACCUCUACAACCUGAAGCUUGGGAGAAGAUCAGAUUAAAGGAAGCUGAAAUGAACAAAGUCCCUGAAAUGUUCAUCGAUACAACUCCUCAGCAACCUCCAGUAUUUACGACACAUCUUAAGAGUUAUGACAAUUUAAGUGAAGGACAACACGUUUAUUUAGAAGCUCAAGUAGAACCACGUGCGGAUCCAAAUCUCAGGAUCGAAUGGUUCAAAAACGGAAUUUCUUUAUCAACUGGUACUAGGCUCCGUAGCACCUUUGAUUUUGGAUUAGUCACCCUAUCCAUUAAUGGGCUAAGAGGAGAUGAUUCUGCAAUUUACACAUGCAAAGCGACCAACAAAUUAGGAGAAGCGAUCUCCACAUCCUCACUUAAAAUUCAAGACAAACACUGGCUUUUGGGUCAGACUCUACAUCCGGAAGCUAUUCCUAAAAUUGAAGCUCUCGAAAGGCCACAAGAAGGUCGUCCGGAACAACCCGAACCGACUUAUGAAAUUCCAAUGUUCAUCUCCCACCUGAACAAUGUCGAAUGUAUUGAAGGCGACAAUGUGCACUUUGAGUGCAAUGUUGAACCAUCUAAGGACCCGACAAUGAAGAUCGAAUGGUUUAUUAACAACAAACCUUUGACCAGCGGAGCAAAAUAUAAGAGCACUUAUGAUUUCGGAUAUGUGGCGUUAGAUAUUACUCACGCUUAUGAAGAAGAUUCUGGAGUAUAUACAUGCAAAGCAUCGAAUAGCAAGGGUUCCGUUACUACGUCGGGUUCCUUACGGUGCACGGGCAAAAAGAGCAUUUAUUAUGAUACGCAACACCCUCAAGGAAAGGCUGGAUUGGAUGCCGUUGAAGAAGUAGAUCAGGCAUUUGCGGCUAAAUCCCGACCAAAAGAUUACGCCCCAGAUAAGGAAUAUCCCAAACCAGUAUGGACAGUACCACUGAAUCCAGAAUUCACGGUGCUAGAAAGUAAACCUCUUCAUUUAGAAGGAUCCGUUGAACCAAAAGAAGAUCCUAACCUAAAAAUAGAAUGGUUCUUUAACGGAAAAUCAUUGGAUCACGCAUCGAGGUUCAAGCUCACUAGCGACUUUGGUUUUGUUACACUAGACCUAACUGAUGUAUACGAAAGGGACCAAGGAGUGUACACAGCAAAAGCUUCAAAUAAAGCAGGAGAAGCUUUUACAUCCACCACUAUUUAUUGCACCAGCAAAGCCAACCUCAUCGAACGAACACAACAUCCUAAAGGGCAAGAGGGUCUGGAAAAGAUACAAGAUCUUGAAGAUUCUUUGCAUAGACCCGAAAUGCCUUUAGCAGAAGGAGAAGAGGGACAUGCGCCUGUAUUUACAUCCGAAUUUACCAACUUAACCAAUCUCAGCGAAGGUGAAAUUGCUCACUUUGAAGCAGGUUUGACACCUAUCGGAGACCAAACCAUGGUGGUAGAGUGGUUCUAUAAUGGAAAAACAAUUGAAGCUUCUCACAGAUUUAGAACAGUUCAUGCCUUUGGUAUGGUAGUUCUGGAAGUGUUAGGAGUGAAAAUUGAAGAUUCUGGCACUUUCACAUGCAAAGCAACUAAUAAAUGGGGCGUGGCUGAACAAAGCGUUACUUUAGAAUGUGUAGACAAGACAUCUGGUCAGAAACCCAGAUUCACUACACACAUACAGGAUAUUGUCGGAUUGCGUGACGGUCAAUCUGCUCAUUUCGAAUGCACCCUCGUACCCGUUAAUGAUCCGAAUCUUAAAGUGGAAUGGUAUCACAAUGGACAGCCGCUAUUACAGUCAUCCCGUAUAAAAUCGGUUUCUGAUUUUGGCUUCGUUGUAUUAGAUAUAUCUUACAUCCAAGACCAGGAUUCCGGAGAAUACGUUUGCAGAGCACAUAACAAAUACGGUGAAGAUUUCACCAGGGCUACGAUAUCUGCCCAUGGAAAAGGGGGAGUAUUUUCAGAAAGCUUGCAACCCGAAUCACUUGCUAAAAUUCGCGAACUUGAAAGCCUCCAAGGGCAACAAGCUCAGGCGCCGCUAACUCCCGUAACGGAACCUCCGAAAUUUAUCACUCAAAUUCAAGACGUCACAAAACUUGUAGAGGGACAAAGCGCUCACUUCGAAGCUCGCCUUACGCCGGUCACAGAUCCAGACUUGGUGGUUGAAUGGUAUUAUAAUGGAAAGAAGCUUCCCCAUGGCCAUCGAUAUCGCACAUUCCACGAUUUCGGAAUUGUUAUUUUGGAUAUUUUAUACUGUUACGAGGAAAAUUCCGGAACAUACGAAUGUAGAGCUUAUAAUAAAUAUGGACAGGACUCGACCAAAGCUACACUUAAAUGUGUCUCGAAGGCGAAUUUAAUCUUGGACUCGCAACUCCCGCGGGGCAUGGAGGGUGGAUUAGAAAAAAUCCAGACUUUGGAAGACUCCAUGGUGCGCACUAAAGAAGAACGCGAAGAGGUGACCAAGGGUAGAGCUCCAGUAUUCACAGUCCCCUUAUCCAACAUUGACAGUUUGCGAGAAGGCGAAAGCGCUCACUUCGAGGCAAGACUUAUUCCAACCGAUGAUUCGAAACUUAAAGUUGAAUGGUUCUGGAAUGGAAAGCCAUUGAGAACUGGCUCCCGGUUCAGAACAUUCUGCGACUUUGGUUUCGUAAUAUUAGAAAUUUCGCCCGUAUAUCCGGAAGACUCUGUCGAAUACUCUUGCCGCGCUACUAACGAAUACGGCGAAGCUGUCACCACUGCUUCCAUGAAAGUAUCCGGAAAACGCAGCAUUAUAUUGGAGUCGCAAUUACCAAAAGGAAUGGAAGGCACGAUUGAUAAAAUUGCCGAACUUGAAGGUUUAGGUGUAGCACCUUCCCAGUUAACCCCUGAAGAUGACAGCGGCAAGCCGCCCGAAUUUAUCACAACCCCGUCGGAUUUGAUUUUGGGAGAAAAUUCCCUGGCACACUUUGAAUGCAGACUAACACCAGUCAACGAUCAGAGUAUGAGAGUGGAGUGGUAUCAUAAUGGAAAACCGCUUUGGUCCGGUUCCCGAAUCAAAACAAUAAACGACUUUGGUUUUGUAAUCCUCGAAGUAGCUGGUGUAUACCAAAGAGACUCUGGUCUGUACACGUGUAAAGCAACGAAUCGCCAUGGCGAGGCCAGCGUUUCUUGUACUUUACAAGUGAAAGGUCGUCAAGGAAUCAUUCUCGAACCUCAGUUGCCAUCGAACUUCCGAAGUGGCACUCAGAGCAUCCAGAAGCUUGAGGAAAAUCUGUACAAAAAGGAAGAAAUUACAGUGGAAGAUGAAAAACCUAAUCCGCCGAGGUUCAUUGUCGAAAUUAAAGACAAUGUUGACGUACCCGAAGGUAACCCGAUUCACUUCGACUGCAGAGUUGAACCUAAAAACGAUUCGUCAAUGAGAAUUGAAUGGUUCCAUAAUGGUAAACCUCUAGCUACUGGAUCCAGGGUCCACCAAAUAAACGAUUUUGGGUUCAUUUCACUUGACAUCGAUUACACCUAUACCAGAGAUGCAGGAGAAUAUCUCUGCAAAGCCACUAAUAAGUGGGGUUACGCUGUUACUAAAGCCAAAGUGACUUCGAAAUCGAAGAGAACUAUCGAUUUCGAAAGUCAAUUACCUUCCGGUAUGAGUGCUGAUAAACUAAAGGAACUUGAAAAGGGUCCAGUAUCUGCUCCUCCUCAAGAAGAUAAAACAUUUGGGCCUCCGAAAUUUAUUACUCAAAUUACGUCUGUUACCGUUGAAGAGUCAGAGUCCGUUAGGUUCGAGUGUAGGGUAGAACCAAGAGACGAUCCCAAACUAAGAAUUGAAUGGUAUAGAAACGGAAAACUCUUACCAUCAGGUCACCGCUACCGCACAGUUUAUGAUAUGGGAUUUGUAUCACUGGACAUUUUGUACGUCUACGCGGAAGAUUCCGGUGAAUACGUUUGCAGAGCUGUCAAUGACCACGGCGAAGACUUCACCAAAGCUAACAUUUCGUGUAAGAAGCUACCCAAUAUUAUUCUGCAAAAUCAAGUACCUAAAGGCAUGAAAAAAUCCGAGGCGCUUAUGCAAAUGGAAGCCGCUAUUAAGAAAUACACUUCGGAAGUAUACCUAACCGAAGAUGACUUAUACGACGUGGACAAGAAACAACCUCCGAGAUUUGUAACGCAAAUCCAGAACCAAACCGAAUUGGUAGAACGUCAAACAAGUAAAUUCGAAUGUCAAUUAGCACCCGUAGGGGAUCCCAACAUGAAAGUGGAGUGGUUCCUUAAUGGCAAACCGUUACCACAUAAAAACCGAUUUACCCCUAUAUACGAUUUUGGUUAUGUGGCUAUGAAUUUCGGCUGGGUAUAUCCGGAAGACAGCGGUGAAUACCUUUGCCGCGCAACCAACUUGUACGGCAUGGACGAGACCAGAGCUGUCAUUCAAGUAGCUGGUAAGCCCGGAAUCAUUUACGACUCUCAGCUUCCGAAAGGUAUGAAGAGUAUCGAAAGAAUCAGAGAGUUAGAAGCAGCGUGGCAAGUGGUUCCCGAGGAAGCAGAGGAAGAAUCCAAACCUCGCUCGGCACCAGUGUUCGUCAGCAAACCCGAAGCGGUAACCGUAGAAGAAGGGGAAUGGGCGAGAUUUUGUUGCAGGGUAACCGGGUUCCCCAAACCUAGAGUGAUGUGGCUGAUCAACGGUCACACCGUCGUUAGCGGUUCUCGUUACCGAUUGACCUACGACGGAAUGUACCAUUUGGAUAUCCCAAAAACCCGUCAAUAUGAUACGGGCAAAGUUGAAGUGGUCGCGAGAAGUUCCGUAGGCGAAGCCAUAGCGGAAACGGAACUGAAAAUCAUUCCGAGACACGACGAUUACAGAGGAGUUCUAAAGAAUUCACCUAGACCGUGGUACGACCUAGAACUGGCUGAAUACCAAAAAGAGCGUCACGAAACCGAACUUGAACGAGUAUUCGACGAACGUAACACAACUCUGCGGGAAUCGGGACUCCACGUCACGGGAGUGCACGUGCAGCCCAAAGAAUUUAAAGAACCUGAAACCGAAUGGCAAAGAAACGUGAAAUCCAAGAGAAGCGAUGAGGACUAUUACAACAGGCUUCAGGAACUCGAAAACGAACAAGUAAUCAAAGAGAUUAAACUCCGCGAAGCUUCUCACCAGUACACCAUCCCCGGAGAGAAAAUUGUUAGCAGUUCUUUGACUAAAGGAAUGGCACAUCAGUAUCAAGAAAACUUGGAACAAAAGCCUGAAAUCCCACAGCUACAACCAAUUCCGAGACUACCGAAAGCGGAUGCUGCGAAACCGGUGCCACACAAAGAUCAAGUGACCUUGAGAAAAACCGACAAGAGCAAAGAAGAAAUCCAAACGGAAUACGAAAUAGACAGUAAACGGGGCGCUUAUCCACCGGGACCUACCGAAUCGGGAGUUCACGGCAGGGAAGUUUACGUCACCAAGCAGAAACAAACGCAGAAGGAGAGGCAAGGCGAUCUGGAAAUCACUCGCAACAUAACCUCCACGGAAACUACCGACGUGGAACACAAAGCGAAGACGCAGGAAAGAGUAGUUCAGGGGCAGGUGUUGCCUACUACACCUCCGGUGUUUACUAAAAAGAUCCAGCCGUGCAGAGCGUUCGAGAACGAUUCGGCUAGGUUCGAGGUCGAGUUCGAUGGUGAACCGCUUCCGAAAGUAACAUGGUUUAGAGAAGACUUUCCCAUUACAAGCUCUCCAGACUUGAAGAUUUAUACCUUCAGCACCAAAUCUAUUCUGGUUCUAAGGCAAGUGUUCAUGGAGGAUUCUGGAGUAUUUAGUGUCAUAGCGGAGAAUAGAGGAGGUACGGCUAAAUGUAGCGCCAAUUUAGUGGUUCAAGAGAGAAGGAGACAAGGUAGAGGGGGAGUGAUCCCACCAAGCUUUAAUACCACAAUCCAAAGCGCGUCCCCGAAUGUCGGACAACUCGUGAGAUUCGAUGCCAGAAUCAAUGGCACCAAGCCUAUCGACGUCUACUGGCUCAAGAACGGAAAGAAAAUUACGUCCGAUAUACGCUACAAAACUCUCGAGGAAGACGACCUCUAUACGUUGUUGAUCAUUGAAGUCGCACCCGAAGACACUGGAAAGUACGAAUGCGUCGCUAUCAAUUCCGGCGGUGAAGCCAGAUGCGAAGCUGACUGUACCGUCGUUGCCCCGUCGGCGCCUCAGAAACCUUCAAAACCGACAACCCCGGGUUCAGAAAAGGCCCCGACUAUCGUGGAACCUUUAAAAGACCAGACCAUCAGAGAAGGACAGGCCGUAGCCUUUCGAUGCAAAAUCACCGGCAAACCGACACCUACAGUGAAAUGGAUGAAAGCUGACAAAAUCAUAAAACCGUCGAGGUACUUCCAGAUGAGCAAGGAAGGUGACUUUUGUACGUUGAGGAUAUCGGAGGCAUUCCCCGAAGACGAAGGUGUUUACAAAUGUGUUGCCGAGAAUCCCGCAGGCACCGUCACUGCGCAAGCUAAAUUGAUAGUGUUGGCACCGGAAUCGCAAGAAGUGGCUCCCUCUUUGACACCAAUGAGAGACGUCGUUGUACCCGAAGGAAGCCCCGCUCAAUUCAAGACUACCAUUUCGGGAAAACCCAAGCCAACAAUUCAGUGGUUAAGAGACGGCUUCCUUAUACCCGAGUCACCAGAUUUUCAGAUGAUCCAAGAAGGGAACAACGCCAUCUUGUUGAUAUCCACCACAUACGAAGAAGAUUCGGGCUUGUUCACCUGCAGGGCCACGUCUUCGGCUGGUCAAGUAGAACAGUCCGCCAAACUAAUCGUCAAAAGACGUCCUGGAACGUACAGAAAAUCUUCUUCCACCGAAAUCCCCCAGCAGGAUGAAUCUAGCGCAGCGUACAAACCGUUCGCGUCUGAUUCGGGUUCAGCGGUAAUGGGCAAAACCGCAAAAAAAUUAGUACCGGGUUCGAAAGGAGGUGGUCAACAACCCUCCGACGCGUUGGAGUUACCGAUAGGUGACGAAACGGUACCGUGGCGUCAAAAACGUGUACCAAAACUACCAGUGGAGGAACUACUUAAACCGUUACAGGCUCAACCGUGGACACAGGAACAGGUAAAACUGAAAAAGACCAAAGUCGAGAAGAAAGAGACGGUGCAAGAGAAAAUAGAAGAGGUAACACUUAAACCCACUAAACCCACAAAAAAGGAAACACCAAAAGAGUCGUUUGAAAAGGUCGACCUCAAACUGACCAGCUUAAAAACUCAAAUGCAAAACUUGGAAAGACAAGAAUUAGAAAAUAUCGAAUCACAAACCGUUGAGCGGUUGUCUCAAGUGGAAGAUAAGAUUUUGCUUUCUGUGGAUCAAUCGGAAAGAGAGAAAACGAAAAGAACUGCGGAAGCUCCACAGGCAAAAGACUGGCGACAACCAAAACCGAAAACGGCUGCUCAACUGCAUACGGAAGACACCACUUUAAUUUCAGUUAAAGAAACAGAACAAGAAGAAGUUGCGAGAACUAGUGAGACUAAAGGAUGGAGAAAACCAAAACCGAAAACGGCUGCUCAACUACAUACGGAAGAUACUACUUUAAUUUCAGUUAAACAAACAGAACAAGAACAAAUUGCGAGAACUAGCGACGAGACUAAAGGCUGGAGAAAACCAAAACCAAAAUCGGCUGCUGAACUACAUACGGAAGACACUACUUUAAUGUCGGUUAAAGAAGCAGAACAAAAACAAGUUGCGAAAACUAGUGACGAGACUAAAGGCUGGAGAAAACCAAAACCGAAAACGGCUGCUCAACUACAUAUGGAAGACACCACUUUAAUUUCAGUUAAAGAAACAGAACAAGAACAAGUUGCGAGAAAUAGUGACGAGACUAAAGGCUGGAGAAAACCAAAACCGAAAACGGCUGCUCAACUACAUACGGAAGACACCACUUUAAUUUCAGUUAAAGAAACAGAACAAGAACAUGUUGCGAAAACUAAUGAAGCGGCUAAAGACUGGCGUAAACCGCGAUCACCUCAAAAACCGGAUGAAAAAGACCAGUCCAGGGACACGUCUCAAACACCAACGCCAUGGACGCAAGAAAAAAUUAAUCUUAGAAAAGUAUCCAUCGAUAGGAGAGAAAUUCCCAAAGAAAAAACAGAAAGUGAAAAGGAUGAAGUAACGUUGGUAACUACAGAUGAGAAGAAAAUACAACCUACCAAUCAAAGGCCGAACACAGAAGAGGCCAAAGAGAAUGCGAGUGUUCCCAAGCAAAUUCCCAAAAAGGAAGAACCCGUGCCCUGGAACCGUCAAGAAAUCAAUUUGAAGAAAACUUUAAUUCAGAAAAAAGAAAUUCCUAAGGAGAGUGUUGAACAAGUUGCCCUAAAUCCGCUGGAAAAGGAAACUCCUGUCGCCGAUGUACAAAAACUAAAACCGCGGGAUAAAAUAACCAAAAUCGAAGAUAAAACGGAAAUUGCGGAAAAACCAUCGACCAAAGUAGCAUAUCAAGAAGUCAAAGAUAAAUCUAUAAUAGAUGCUAGUGAAAAAGAAGCAGUAACAACAAAGAUACCAAAACCCAAACCGGAAGAAACCAAACUCGAAAGUAAACCUUGGCGAAGAAUGAAGAAACAAGGGGUACCUGAAUCUACAUCAGAAGAAGUACAGCCAAAACAAAUUCCGCCCAAGCAGGAGUCAAAGCCGUGGAUAGAAGAACAAAUUGCAUUGAAAACAACGCCGGAACAAGAAAAAAAAUUACCAAAAGAAGAGGAGGUACUUGAAGAACAACCGCUGAAGGCAAUUCCUAGUCAACUGAUUGAAGAUAAAACUGGAGAACAACAAAAUAUUGUAGAACAUACAAAACUGGAACCCAAAUCAUGGAGGAAGAUUAGACAACCCAAAGAGGAAAUUUCAUCUCCAAAACUCGAACAUACUGCUGACCAACUAAACCAAAACAAACAAAAAGAUGAACCUAAACCCUGGAUAGAACAAACAGUUACUCUUAAACCAACUAGAAGAAAGGAAAAGGAAGUUCUUCGUGAGAAACUGGAAGAUGUUGUUUUGAAGCCCGUCCAUCCCAAAUCCGCUGAAACCGAUGUUAUAACUGAAUUACCUGAAGAAAUACAGUAUUCAUUUGUGACAGAAGAUGGCAUAGUUAAAAAGAAGACCAUUAAUAAAAAGACUUUCGUGAAAAGGCACGGAGAUAAAGAGGAAACUACCAGAAUUGUCACGUUUUCUGAAGAAGGUCAACAACCACAAAGCACCGUCGUUGUUGAAGAAGAAAAGAUACCUGUGGAUUUAGUUGACGAACCUAUUUAUGCUGUAUACGAACAGCCUGAGGAAGUUUUAGUAACAACAGUUGUCGAUCGAGCGGUUCCGAUAAAAGAAACCCAGAGAAGAAAAACCAUUGUAACUCAUAAAGGUAAUGUUAAAGAAGUUACCGAGAUUAUAUCCAAACAACGCGAAGGAACUAAACCUUUGACUACAGUAAAUAUUCGCGAAGAACCUCUACAAAAAGAAGAGCUCCCACAAGCAGAGUCCAAAUUAGAAGAAAUGCCAGUGAUAAUUCAAGAAACGGUGCUCACUGAUCGGGGAAGUACUAAAAAACAAACCAUAAAGAAACGUACACUUAAAAAGGUUAAAGAUGGGAAGGAAGAAUUAACACAACUUGUGACUGUACAAGAGGAUGACCGUAAGCCUGAAAUAACGGCUAUUAUAGAGGAACACACGAUUUCACAAGAAGCCGCAGGAGAUGAGCUCGAUUACCAAGUAAAGGAGCUACCUUUAGAAAUACAGAAGACGAGCGUAAUCGAAGAUGGUGUAAUGAAAGAAAAGGUUGUUGAAAAACGCGUUAUUCAAAAAAGAAAAGGCAGUAAACAAGAAACCUUCGAAAUUUGCACGGUACAGGAAGCUGGUAAAGAACCUCAAAGUGUUGUCAAUGUAACCCAAGAAGACGUUGAGCUAAGAAGGAAACCAAAGCGGAUACCCGAGAAAAAGGAAGAAAAUAUUCCUUGGACCGAACAGGUAAAACUUAAGAGUAAGCCGAUGAAAGUUAAAGAAACUUCGAAAGUUUCGAUUCAGGAACUUCCAGAAGAGAUCCAAAAGACUACGAUUAAAGACAAAAACGAAAUUAAGGAAAUAGUCAAACGGAAACGUGUAAUUAAGACAAGGAAGGGAUCGAAGGAAGAAACUGCGCAAAUUUUUACAGUUGAAGAAACAGGAAAAUCACCUGAAACGAGCAUUCUAAUAGAACAGCAUGAAUUGCCGAUUGAUGCAAUUGCCCAACCAAUAUACUCCGUGGAAGAACUACCAGAGGAAGUUUCACAGACAGUAGUGCAAGUGCAAGGACGACCUACCAAAAAGAUGGAAAGAAAGCGUGUGAUUAAAACCAUUAAAGACGGUAAACAAGAAAUUACGGAAAUAGUUACGACUCAGGAAGAAGGAAACGUACCCCAAACUUCUGUAACUGUUCGAGAAGUUCCCGAAGCGAUACAAGAAGAAAAGCAACCCACAUAUGUAGUAGAAGAACUACCGGUACAAAUUCAAGAGACUGUUGUUUUCGAUCGCGGAGUACCUAAAAAGCGAACCGAAAAGAAACGUACUUUAAAGAAAAAAAUAGAUGGAAAAGUGGAAACGACCGAAAUUUCGUUUAUUGAGGAAGCAGGAAAAGUCUCUGAAACAGCAGUUCAGAUCAGAGAAGAACCGGCUACUGAAGAAAUAUUUGAACAGCCCGUACUAGAAGAACUGCCGGAAGAAAUUCAAGAAGUUAAGUUCGUGGAAGGAGGAAUAGAAAAGAAAAAGGUUAUCAAGAAACGCGUUCUUAAAAACCGAAAAGGUUCAAAAGAAGAGACGAUUGAGAUUGUAAGCUCCGAAACCGAAGGGAAGAAACCGGAAGGAACAGUUAAAAUUACAGAGGAGGACGUCCCCCAAAAGAAACCCAAGAAAAAACUUGUGGAACCGGAAAAACCAACUUCGUGGCUGGAGCAGGUUCAACUAAAACGCGCACCUAAGCGAAGUAAAGAAGUAGUAGCCGAACCGCUUGAGGAAGUGCACUUAAAACCGCUAAAUAAAGCGGAAGUUAUUGAAGAACUUCCGGAGACAAUUAAAGAAACUCUUAUAAUGGAGAACGGUAAAACCAAAAAAUUGGUAACCAAAGAAAAAGUGCUUAAAAAGAGAAAAGGCGACAAAAUGGAAACUACUCAAAUUUUGACAAUACAAGAGGAAGGCAAACCUCCGCAAACUACGGUUACGACAGAAGAAGUUUCAGAAAGUAUUACUGCACCGAUUUACCUAGUGGAAGAACUUCCGGAGAAAAUAUUUGAAACUGUUGUUGUUGACCAUGGUGUAGAGAGAAAAAAGGUUGAAAAGAAACGAAGCAUUAGGACGAGAAAAGGCUCAAGUCAACAAGUAACGGAAAUUGUGACGAUAGAAAAGGAGGGUAGUCAACCUGAAACAGUGGUCAAUAUUAUUGAAACUGAUAUUCCAGACGAGAAACUUUUAGAACAACCCUUAUACACUGUUGAAGAACUACCUGUUGAAAUUAAAGAAACUGUAAUUAUUGAGCAAGGAGUUCCGAAAAAGAGAGUUGAAAGUAAACGAACAAUUAAAAAGAAGAAAGACGGAAAGGAAGAAGUUACCCAAAUUACUACGGUUGAGGAAGAGGGUAAAAAGCCGCAGACCACAGUGGUAACAGAAGAAAAAGUAGUCCCUGAUGAAAUUCCAAAAAUCGUCUCGCUCCAGGAACUCCCUGAGCAAGUGGAAGAAAGCAGAAUAGUAGAAAGUGGAGUCGAAAAGAAAAUUGUGAAGAAAAAGCGACUAAUCAAGAAGAGGCAAGGCUCAAAGGAACUCACCACUGAAAUUGUUACUAUCGAACAGGAAGGCAAACAACCAGAAACAACAUUAACUGAAAAGUUUGACACUAUUCCUGUUAAGCCUAGAUUAAGCAUAGUAGAAUUGCCAGAGGAAAUACAAGAAGUAGUGAUUAAAGACAAAGAUAAAACGCGAAAACAAAUUAUAAAAAAGAGAACAUUAAAAAGACGAAAAGAUGGAAAAGAAGAAACUACUAACAUACUUAUAACAGAAGAGGAAGGCAAAUCUCCUGAAACCGUGGUAAUAGUGGAAGAAGAGGUAAUCCCAGACGAAGUGCAGAAGAAACCCAUUUACGCCGUGGUCGAACUCCCAGAACAAAUUUUAGAAACUACAGUCUUAGAAAAAGGAGAACGGAAGAAAAAAGUUCAAAAAAUACGCAAAAUAAAAACUAAAAAGGGAAACAAGGAAGAAAUCGCUGAAAUCUUUACCACGCAGAUAGAAGGCAAGUCACCGGAGACAACAAUCUCCAUAAAGGAAGUCGAUGUGCUUCCUGAAGAAAUUCCUGAAGACGAAGUUGAGUACAUAGUAGAAGAGAUGCCCACGCAGAUUCAAGAAAUGACUGUCGUCGAAGCAGGGAAACCUAGAAAGGUAGUAGAGAAAAAGCGAACUCUCGUAAAAAGGAAAGACGACAAAGAAGUUAUAACUGAGCUUAUAACUGUAGAAGAAGAAGGCAAGUCACCGCAGACUUCAGUUAUCGUUCAUAGUGAAACGUCCUCUAAAGAACAACUCGUUCAGCAGCCGACCAUUGAAGAGUUACCAGAGGAUAUACGAGAGACUUCUGUAAUAGAAGAGGGAGAAAUAAAAAAGAGAAUCACUAGGAAGAGAGUAAUUAAAAAGAAAAAAGACGAUAAAGAUGAAACUAUAGAAAUUGUUACGGUUCAAGAAGAGGGUAAAGCGCCACAAACAACAGUCUCUGUUACAGAAGCUAAACAAAAGUCUCAGACCAAAGUAUUGGAGCAAAAGGACCAGACAGGGGAACAAGUGAAGCUUAAGCAUGUUGGUAGAAAGAAGGGCACUACGCAAGAUUUUACUGAAGAAGUAAAUCUCAAACCCAUCGCACGUGUUGCUCCAAAACUGACCGAGGAAAAAGUCCACAUUCAAGAGUUGCCGGAAGAAAUUAAAUCCACAGUUGUUGUUGAUAAAGGGGUGGUUAAGGCCAAAACUGUGAAGAAGAGAACUAUUAAAAAACGCAGUGGUGACAAGGAAGAAACUACUCAACUUAUAACAACAGAGGAGGAAGGAAAACCCUCGGAAACAACUAUAAUAGUGGAGAAAAGUAAUUUCCCAACAGAAUUAUUAUCUCAACCUAUAUAUAGCGUUGAAGAAUUACCAGAACAGAUUUACGAGACUACUGUAAUCGAUGAAGGUACUCCUAAAAAGAAAACGCUCAAAAAAAGAACACUAAAAACGAGAAAAGGCGACAGAGAAGAAAUAACACAAAUUGUCACUUCAGAAGUCGAAGGAAAACCAUUGGAAACCAUCGUAUCGGUUAAGGAACAAGUACCUACAGAACAACCGAGCGAAUCAGAAUAUACUGUGGUAGAAUUACCCACUGAAAUUCAAGAAACGGUAAUACUUGAUAAAGAUUUACCCAUUAAAAAAUUGCAAAAGAAACGUACCAUUAAAACACAACAAAAAGACGGUAAAGGUAAAACUACGGAAAUAAUUACUUUUGAAGAGGAAGGUAAAAAACCUGUAACAACAGUAAACGUGUAUGAAGAAGAAUUAUCAGAAGAUAUUUUACAGCAACCGGAUAUCAUGGAACUGCCGGAGGAAGUGCAAGAGACAGUAGUUGAAGGGCCGAUUCCGAAAAGGAAAGUAAUAAAGAGAAAAGGCUUCAAAUCUAAGACAGCCGGAAAAGAACAAAUAACUGAAAUAACUGUUCAGGAAGAGGACGGUAAGCAACCGGAAACAACUAUUAAAGUAACGGAACAAGUGGUGGAAGAACGGAAACCCAAAUCAAAGAAAAUUAUAUCUGAAAAGAAAAAGGAAAUUCCUUGGACAGAACAGGUUAAACUAAAACACCGCCCUAAAGCAAAUAAGGAGGAACUUGAAAUUGUAGAACUCCCAGAGUUAAUCCAAGAGACUACACUAUUAGAAAAUGGAGAAGUUAAAAAGAAGUUAAUUAAAAAGAGGGUGAUUAAAAAGCGCAAGGGCAGCAAGGAGGAAACCACCCAAAUUACAACCGUGGAAGAGGAGGGUAAAACACCCGAGACAAUAGUUUCUAUUGAAGAAAAAGAAAUUCCAGAAGAAACGCCAGCACAACCGAUAUAUACAGUUGAAGAACUCCCUGAACAACUUUAUGAAGAAACAAUUAUUGAAGAUGGAGUACCUAAAAAGAAAGUUUCUAAGACUAGGACGAUUAAGACGAGGAAUGCAGAAAAGCGUGAAAUUACUCAAAUAAUUACUACCCAGCAAGAAGGUAAAAAACCUGAAACCGAAAUUGUUAUACAUGAAGAAGUACAACCUGAAGAACUUCCAUUAGGCCCAGGGCACCCUGUCAAGGAACUACCUUUAGAAGUACUGGAAACUAUCGUUAUUGAGGAAGGAAUUCCUAAGCGAAAAAUACAAAAGAAGAGAACCCUGAAAAUUCCAAAAGGUGACAAAGAAGAAGUUUUGAAAAUAGUUACUCUAGAAGAGGAAGGACAAAAACCGCAAACUUCAAUUUCCACUCAUGAACAACCGACACAAGAAGAUUCCGAAGCUCCAAUACACAUUUCUGAAGAAAUUCCUGAAGAAGUUAGGGAAAAUAUCAUUGAAAAUAACGUUACUAAAAAUGUGAAAACUAAAAAGAAACUGAUUAAAAAAGUAAAAGGUGGCAAAGAAGAAGUCACAGAAAUUAGUACGAUUGAAAAAGAAGGAGAGAAACCUAUCACCAAAGUUACUGUAGAAGAAAGAAAAAUUCCACAGGAAAUAAUAUCCACAUCCAGACCCGAAAAUGAAAAGGUAUACAGAGUAGAAGAACUUCCUCUAGAAGUAAAAGAAACCACAAUAGUCGAUAGAGGAAUAGUUAAAAAGAAAAUAGAAAAAAGGAGAACAAUUAAAAAACGUAAAGGAAGCAAAGAGGAAACAACAUAUAUAGUAGUCACCGAAGAGGAAGGAAAGAAACCCGAAACAACUGUAACGAUAGAAGAAAAACCCACAACAGAAACCGAAGAAAACAUUUAUGUUGUACAGGAAAUGCCAGAGCAAAUAUCGGAAGCCACUGUUAUUGAAAAAGGAAUACCCAAAAAGAGAAUAACUAAAAAACGAAAAAUUAUUAAAAAGGAUGGAGACAAAAAAGAAACUACUGAAAUUGUGACAGUGGAACAAGAAGGUAAAUUGCCAACCACUACCGUUACGGUCACGCAAGGAAUUAGUGAAACUGAAAUAACUGAACCGGUCUAUACCUUAGAAGAAAUGCCGACAAUUGUUCAAGAAACGGUCGUAAUAAGUGAUAGAGGCCCUAAGAAAAGAACAGUAAAAACAAAAACAUUAAAAAGAAAGAACGGACGUAAUGAAGAAACAACCAAGAUUGUUACUGUAGAAGAGGAGGGUAGGAAACCAGAAACAACUGUUACUGUAUUUAUUGAUGAUCAAGAGAGCCCUACUGAAAAGACCACGAUGGAGGAACUUCCGGAAGAAAUUCAAGAAACCACAUUCACCGAUAAUGGCAUAACAAAACAGAGCAAAACUAAGAAAAGAGUUAUCAAGAAGAGAGACGGUAAAAAAGAAGAAACCACAGAAAUAGUGACAAUCGAAGAACCCGGCAAAAGACCAGAAAUCCACGUUACUGUGGAAUCUAAAGACGUUGAGAAGCCAGUAGGGUUAAUGCCUUGGACAGAUGAAAAGAUAAAACUUAAGCCUGUAAAGAAAUCUACUAAAGAAAUAAGAACUAAGAAAUUGGAAGAAAUGCAGCUAAAACCGUUGGAAAGAUCUGAACAACCCUCUUUUAAGGUGGAAGAACUGCCAUUGGAAAUAAAAGAAACCACAAUCGUAGACGGUGAUGCUGUCAAAAAGAGAAUCGAAAAGAAACGCGUAAUUAAAAAGCGCAGGGGCGAUAAAGAAGAAACUACGCGAAUACUAAUAGUAGAAGAAGAAGGGAAAGGUCCUGAAACUUUCGUCACAAUUGAAGAAGCGCCAAUUAUGGAUGAACGUAGACCAUGUUAUAUAGUCCAAGAAUUACCAGAGGAAAUAACUGAAACCGAAAUUCUAGAAAGGGGGGUCCCGAAGAAAAAAUUAACUAAAAAAAGAAAAAUUGUUAAGAAUGAUGGCGAAAAAAGAGAAGUUACCGAAAUUACAACGAUUGAAAAAGAGGGCGAAAAGCCAGUAACUGUAGUUGAGAUUAAGGAAGAAAGAGCUCCGAAAGAAAUUGUUGAAGUUGUUCAACCUGAAUAUACAAUACAAGAAUUACCAAUAAAAGUAGAGGAAACCAUUGUCUUCGAGCACGGCGUCCCUAGGAAGAAAACAAUAAAAAAGAAGACGUUAAAAAAACAAAAAGGAGAUCGUGAGGAAACAACAGAAAUUAUCACGGUACAGGAAGAAGGCAAAAGACCGGAAACAACUGUUAGCGUUGUCGAAAAAGAAAUACCCGAAGAAGUUACAAUCGUACCGGUAGUUGAAGAAUUGCCGGAGGAAAUUGAAGAGUCGUUAAUCACAGAACAAGGAACUACGCGAAGAAAAAUUGUCAAACGAAGAAAAAUCAAGAAACAACAAGGGGAUAAAGAAGAAACAACGCAAAUUGUUACAGUUGAAGAACAAGGCAAACAACCUCAAUUAUUUGUUUCCGUAGAAACAAAAGAUGCAAAUGUACCCGAACAAACCCAACCCACAGAGGAAGAACCUACAUUCAAAGUUGACGAACUGCCUGUAGAAAUAAAAGAAACUACUACAAUAGAUAAAGGGAUGGUUAAAAAAUCAAUCGAGAAGAAACGAACAAUUAAGAAGCAGAAAGGACACAAGGUAGAAACCACAAAAAUAGUUACAAGAGAGGAAGAAGGGAAAACUCCAGAGACAGUGGUCACUGUGGAAGAGGAGAGAAUACCAGAGCUAGCAGAAUCUGUUUAUAUUGUACAGGAACUACCUGAAAACAUAGUAGAAUCCACAGUUUUUGAAGGCGGAAAGGAAAAGAAACAAAUAUCCAAAAAGAGAACGAUAAUUAAACGAGAAGGCGACAAGAAAGAAACAACCGAAAUUAUAACUGUAAAGAAAGGUGACGAAAAGCCGAUAACUACCAUAACAGUUAAGAAAGAAACAUCUUCUUCGGAUAUGGAAUUAAUUGAACCUCAAUAUAAAAUACAGGAGUUACCCGUUAUUGUACAAGAAACAGUUAUCAUAGAUAAUGGGGUACCGAAGAAGAAGACAAUUAAGCGAAAAAGUCUUAAGAAAAAGAAAGGCAAUGUGGAAGAAGUAACGGAAAUUGUGACAGUGGAAGAGGACGGUAAAAAGCCUGAUACGACAGUCACGGUAACGGAGACAGAAUUAUCUGACCAGGAACCCACUACAACCGCAGAAUUUCCCGAAGAAAUUCAGGAAUCAACCAUUGUCGAAAAAGGCAUUGAAAAGCGUCAAAUAGUUAAGAAACGGAAAAUUUUAAAGAAAGAAGGGGGAAAAGAAGAAACUACGGAAAUAGUUACCAUUGAGCAACAAGAUAGACAACCUGAAAUUCAAGUAAGGACCGAAAUUAAAGAAUUAAAAACUCCAAUUGAAGCAAUACCUUGGACGCAAGAACAGAUACUUCUUAAACCAGUUAAAGUAAAGAAAGAGAAAUUAAAAGAACAAAAACCAGAAGAAAUAAAACUCAAACCGUACGACAAAGGAGAAGAAGAAAAUAUUUAUAAAUUAGAUGAGCUCCCAGUAGAAGUUAAAGAAACGACUAUAAUUGAUCAAGGAGUUGUUACAAAGAAAGUUCAGAAAAAACGAACAAUUAAGAAACAGAAAGGCGAUAAACAGGAAAUUACACAAAUAGUAACAGUCGAAGAAGAGGGUAAACAUCCAGAAACAUUUGUAACAGUGGAGGAAGAAACGAUCGGUCCACAAUCGGGGCCCACUUACAUCGUCGAAGAACUACCGGAACAAGUAACGGAAACAACAGUUUUUGAUAAAGGAGUACCAAAAAGGAAAAUUACUAAAAAGAGAAAAAUUCUUAAAAGAGACGGCGACAAAAAGGAGACCACCGAAAUUACAACGGUUGAAAAGGAAGGUGAAAUGCCAGUCACCACAGUCGAUGUAAGAAACGAAACUACUGCUGACGAUGAAAUACAAGAACCGGAGUUUAUCAUAGAAGAGAUGCCUGUCACUAUUCGAGAAACGGUAGUAAUUGAUCAGGGCAUACCGAAAAAAGAAACUGUUAAAAAGAAGAUAUUAAAGAAGAAAAAAGCCGGGAAAGAAGAAAUAACCGAAAUAGUUACUAUUGAAGAACAAGGAAAACAGCCUCUGACAACAGUUAGAGUUUAUGAAAAUGAUCAGCCCAAAGAAGAGUUGUUUAAACCUGUGGUGGAGGAAUUGCCAGAAGAGAUUGAAGAAUCGACGAUUACUGAUAGGGGAGUUACAAAACGACGCGUAGUUAAGAAAAGGACAAUCAAACGAAAAGAAGGAGAUAAAGAAGACCUUACCCAAAUAGUUACCGUACAAGAUGAAGGAAAACAACCUGAGAGUCAAGUAAUCACACAAAUAAAAGAAGUUCCGCGGACCGAAGAAAAAACCAAAAAAGCAAAGAAAACUAAGAAAGAGAAAAGAGACGAAGAUAUAUUAGAUUCUGAUGAAACUAAGGAAACAAUUUACAAAGUAGAAGAGCUACCGAUCGAAAUUAAAGAGACAACGGUCAUUGACCAAGGGGUGGUUAAGAAAAAAAUCCAAAAGAAAAGAACAAUUAAAAAACAAAAAGGAGACAAACAGGAAAUCACACAUAUUGUCACUAUAGAAGAAGAAGGAAAAAGGCCGGAAGUGACGGUUACUGUAGAAGAAAGCACUAUUAGUCCAACUGAAAGUCCUCUAUACAUCGUUGAGGAAUUUCCAGAAGAAGUCUCAGAAACCACCGUCAUCGAUAAAGGAGUUCCAAAGAAAAAGAUAGUAAAGAAAAAGAGAAUUGUUAAGAGAGAUGGCGAUAAGAAAGAAAUUACGGAAAUUAGAAUAGAAGAAAAUGAAGGCGAUAAACCUAUUACAAGCAUCGAGGUCACCGUAGAAAGAGCAGAUAAAAGCAUUUCAGAGGAAUUACCUGAGUAUCUAGUUGAAGAAUUACCAAUUGAAGUAUUUGAGACUGUGGUCGUCGACAACGGAGUGGCCAAGAAGAAAGUUCUAAAGAAACAAAAAUUAAAGAAGAGAAAGGGAGACAGAGACGAAAUAACAGAAAUUGUUACGGUCGAGGAAGACGACAAAAAGCCAGAAACCACUGUUACUAUCUUUGAUCAAGUUAUAGAUCAGACCGAAGAAAAGGCUAUAAUAGAGGAAAUGCCAGAAGAAGUAAAAGAAGUAAUUGUCACUGAAAAGGGAAUACCCCGGAAACAAGUAAUUAAAAAAAGGAAAAUUAAAAAGAGGGAGGGAGAUAAAGAAGAAACUACUGAGAUCGUAACAGUUGAAGAAGAAGGAAAGCAACCUGAGACAACUGUCACCAUUGAUAUAACUAAAGAAGCUUCAGCCAAAAAACCUAAAACUAAAACUAAGAAAGUUAAACCCGAAAAAAUUGGGAAACCAGAAGAAGAGGUUAUUGUCGAGACGGUGACGGAAGUAGAAGAUACAAUUGUACUUAAAGGUGAUGAAACGAAACCACAGAAAAUGAAAGUGAAGAGAGUUAUUAUCUCGCAACAAGAAAAAAUACCAGAAAUCAAACAACUUAAACAUGUUGAACGUCCAGAGAAACCACAAAAAGCUGAGGUAGAUGAACACCUAUUCCCGGAACUAGUCAAGCUAAAACCUGUCGCUAGACAAGAGCAACCCGAAGAACCUGAAGAUCUGAAAAAAGUUAUUUUAAAAUCAGUUUCACGACCAGAUCUUAUAGAAGCUGUUGUAAUCGAACCGAAGCAGAAGAAAAUCAAAAAGCGAAAGUCGAUUGACUUACCAGAAAUUGAAGAUCUAGAGAGAUAUGUCCCUGAAGUAGCUAAGGAUAUGAAAUUAGAGGAAAAUCCGAAAGAAAAAGAGACAGAACAAUCAGUCCCUUGGCGCAGGCAAAGUAAACCCAAACCAGAAAUACCUGCAGAAGAAUUCCCUGGUUUGAAAAUUGGCAAAGGAAAAAUACCCGAACAAAAAGACGAAAAGGAACAAAUUAAACUUAAACCUAUUGAAUUGGAGUCGCAAGACAACAUCGCGCCGUCUGAAAGAUCGAAACCAAUUAAACUUUCUGAUGGAGAAUUUAAACCUAAAGAUUUUGAGAAGGAAACAGCCGACUUAGGACCGAUUGAAAAACCUACGAAACCAAUACCUGAGCAAGAGACGGUCGUUCAACUCAAACCCACGGACAUUGAAGAGAAGGAAAUUAAACCGGGAGAGAGUGCACCAUGGCGGCGUAAACCAAAGAAGAAAAUCGAAGAAGUACCUGAAACCAAAGAAUGGCCCCGCGGGAAAAGAAAGCCACUACCCGAAGAAGAAAAGGAUGAGAUUAAACUAAAGCCGUUUGUUAAAGAACGUCCAGAGGAACCGGAAUAUAAAGUAACGGUUGAAGAUGUGCCCGUCAGUAAAGCUUACGAAAUUCCUGAAAAGGAGGUCGACGAUAAAUUAAAACUUGAACCCAUGGCGAAAAAAGCAAUCCCCGAAGAUAAUCAAAGUAAGAAGCGCGUCAAAAAAAUAAAGAAACUCAACGAGCAAGAACUUGUGCCGACCAAAUUGCAAGACAUUGAGCAGCCGUUGAAAACAAGCGACACUGAAAAGUCAGAGGCUUCCAUUACGCUAGUUGAAAAGAAAGAACUCAAUGAUGUAGAGAAUGCAGAAACAGUCCCAGAGGAAGAUCAGACAGAAUUCCGUAAAGAUAUUGAUGUGCAGAUCGUUUCUAAAAAAGUGCGAAAGGAACAGAAACGAAUUGUUUCUUUUGAAGACAACCAACCUUUACCAGAACUUGAAAUUAUCUCUCAAAAACGAACGACUGAGGUAACUGACAAAAUACCGGAUGAGACUCUGACGGAACAAACCGGAAUACAUGAGGAGACCACAGUUCAGUCUUCAGUCGUUCAAAAAACUAUCGGCAAAAGAAUUAAAGCUAAAACUGUUGCACCUAAGUUUGUGAAACGAGUUGAGCCUGUGGUAGCAGAGGAAGGUAAUCCGACGCGACUGGUCUGUAAAGUUGAGGGAACUCCUUUCCCGGAAAUAACUUGGUACAAAAAUCAUGACGUGUUCUAUCCUACUGAACGCGUUUUCGUUAACAUUGUCGAAGGAACUGUUACUCUUGAGUUUGCCGAGGUGAACCCACAAGAUGUCGCCGUGUAUUCGUGCAAGGCUACAAAUUCUGCCGGGGUGGCAACAUCGACUGCCAACCUCGUUAUACUAGAAAAAGAAGAUACGGGUACCGCGCCGCAUUUUACACAACCUCUAAAACCAAAGAUAGUGGAAGAAAAAUCGACUGCUAUUCUAGAAGCCACAGUUGUCGGACAGCCAACUCCCAUCAUUAAAUGGUUCAAGGAAAACGCCGAACUUACGCCAAGUGCAAAGAACAUAAUCACAUUUAAUACGGAAACGGGACUGACGACUCUUCAAAUCGAAAAUCCAACGGAGGACGACGAAAAAAUAUAUAAGGUCGUGGCAGAAAACAAAUUCGGUACUGCCCAGUGCAGGGCAAAUUUGGUAAUAAGCAAAUCUCUGGAUGUCAUUCAGCCCAUAGUGAUGCACGCACCUAAAAUCGUUAAACCUAUUAAGGCGGUCGUAGCUAAACCUAACGAGGAAAUUUUGCUCGAAGCUGAAGUUGAAGGAAUCCCGAAACCGGAAAUCGUGUGGCUUAGGAACGGCAAGGAAAUAAAACCCGAUGACAAAAUCCAAAUAAUAGAAAGUGACAAAAAGACGAUUCUGAAAAUUAAAAGGACGGUGGAUAAGAAAAAGAAAGCUGGAAAAUACGAGGUGCGGGCCACGAAUCCGAAGGGGGAAGCCAAGUCUACAAGCACCGUGGUUAUUACCGAAGAGAUAGACGAAGCGAAGCCGCCGAGAUUCAUCCAACCCAUUAAGCCACAAAUUAUACAAGAAGGAGAAGUAGUAAUUAUGGAGACCACGGUUGAAGCUUACCCAACGGCAACGUUCCAAUGGUACAUAAACCAAAUGCCCGUGACCUCAAACCCAGAUGUGAGAAUAGUUAGCGACAACAAUAAAUCUACUUUGAUAAUAAGUGAAGUGACUCCAGAAUUUGGUGGUCCCAUAACAUGUAGGGCGGAAAACGUAGCUGGAUCUGUCACGCACACGGCCAACCUCAAUGUCGUUAAAGAAACCAAAUGGGAGGAAACCCAGGAAAUUGAAUACCCACGAUUUGUCAAACCAAUAACGCCCGUUAGCGUAAUGGACGGCGAUAAAGUUUCAUUCACGUGCGUGGUUGUAGGUAAACCGACACCAAAAGUUCAGUGGUUCUACAAUGACUUGCCAAUAAAAGAAGCCAAAGAUAUCGUCAUUUCCCAAGAUUCCCAAGGUAUCUGCACCUUAGCCAUCCAGGAAGUAUUCCCAGAACAUGCGGGAGAAUACACUUGCAAAGCGUCUAAUAGGGUUGGAGAAGCGGUGUGCAAGACGUCUUUGAUUGUCGAAUCUUACGAAUACGUUCCGGAUUCCGAGUUAGCACAAAUGACGGGAUCUGAAGAUGACUUACUGGAUGACAAGACACUAAACAGUGAAGAGCAUAACCUGUCUGAUACCGAAAUCGAAUUUGCUCCAAGGAUUACCAAGAAACUGCCAGAGUUAAUCACUAGUAAAGACGGAGAUGUUACUAGAUUGGAAGUGAAAGCGGUUGGUAAACCAACACCCAAAGGUCGGUGGAUAAUCAACGGGCAGGAAAUCAAGCCGUCGAAAGAAUUCGUUAUCGAAAACCUGGAAGACGGUACGUCCGUGCUUACAAUUCCCGAAGUAUAUCCCGACGACACCGGAGAUAUAGUAUUUGAAGCCUACAGCCCAUUGGGUGUGGCUACCACCACCACCCACCUACUUGUAGAAUCGGUAGAAGGCGUCGUCGGAACAAAACUUUACCGCAAACCGGAAUGGGUAACGCACAUGGAAGAACUGUCGGAGGCUCUAAAAGCCGUAAAGAGUCCCCCAACGUUCGUAAAAGAAAUCACAGACGUCCGAACCACCGAAGCUGAAACCGUCAAAUUUGAGUGCCUGUUCGCUGGAACACCUUUGCCAGAUAUUAUCUGGUACCACAACGGUAAAAUUCUGCGCAAUACCAACAAAGUCAAAAUCCGUAUCGAAGACAACAAAACUCUGUGCACCAUAACCGACGUUGACAAAGAGCACGUGGGAACGUACCUGUGCAAGGCUGUGAGCGACGUCGGAGAAGCAGUGACCAAAGCCCAACUCUACGUUCAAGAAAUCCCCGAGCACAAGAAACAAGAGAUCCUCAUCCGCAAGGCCAAGGAGGAAGAAGAACGCAUCAAGAAAGAACGCGUUACAAUAGAACAAAAGAAGAAAGUACGCAAGAUUAAGAGGGCGUCAGCAACCACAGAAGAGGAAACUAAACCGGUAGGCAUUUCGGAAGUACAACCGAUCGAACGUACCGAAGAAAUAGAUGUUACUCCUGCUGAAGAACAAAAGGCCAAACCGAUUCUCGAUAUUCAAGAACCGCUUAAAACUGAAGCGAUCGCUUCGUGUAAGAAGAUCGACGAAAAGGAAAAAGAGGAUUUGCCUCAGGAAAUCGUCCAGGUGAAACUCUCACCUACCGAGCCGAUGUAUAUCGAUCAAAUUCUCGCUGAAGAAAUCAUUAAAGACAUCGAGAAAAUUUUACCGGAUACCGGCAAAGCUAAACCCCGAACCCAAGAGGGAGUUACCGAAGUGGCGGACAUUACGGAAGUGAAACUCGAGCAAAUUAUAGAACGUUGUGAAAAAAUUAUCCGCAAAAGCGAGCUCAAGAUGGCAAAGGAAGUGACAGAGAUGCUCGAUUUUAUAAAUGCCAAGGAAUUUGGACCAGGUCAAGCACCGUUACGGGAAAUCGCGGAAAUUGUUUACCUGAUCAAAAACGGAAUCACCGUUAAGGAAGUGACGGUAUUAUACGACGAGGACAAGUUUCCGUCUCUGAAAUCGCCUGAAGUUCAAUCAGCAAUGGUCAACGUGGUUGAGAGGAAAGGUCAUGGAGCCUUGAUCACGGAGGUUCUAACCGAAGAAACCACAAUCGAUGAAGCUCAACUAGCCGCUACCGUCGGUUUCAGAGCGUUCAUGAAAAUGGUCGACGCCAACUACAUAACCGUAGAAGAAGUCCUCAUCAAUUUUACCCCUGAAGACUUCAUCCAAAGAGCUUGGGAGGCUACUGAAAUAACAGAGACGACCUCAAAGACUGAAACUGCAAAGGCGACUAUCAGCGAACAAGUAGAGGUGCACGAGGAUACGACAAAAAUCGUCAAGAGAAAAAUUAAAAAGAAGGGCGACCUGGAAGAAUCUGUCAAAGUCGAGGAAACCAUCGAAACUACCACGAAGGGCGACAAAACCACACAACCGAAAAAACACUCCGUGGACAUCACAGAAAUCACUGAAACAGUGAAGGAACAAGGAAGUGACGUCGAAAUUGAAAUAGAGACGGAAAAAGAGGUUAAGGUCACGAAAACAAUUAAGGCUAGAAAGCCUAAUGUGGGGGAAUAUCUUUUCGACGAGGAAAAUGUGGGCGACGUACCAGAACUUGAAACUAAUUUCCAAUCACAAGUGCCACUGAACGUACCUAUGUUAUCAUCUGAAGCCACGUCCGCAGACGAAGUAGCUCAAAUUGAAAGAGGCACUAAAUCUGAACUAGCAACGGUAGACGUCGUGCCGCUUGCAGCAAUUUCUCAAGAACAGCCCUUGAUAAACGAGAAAGAAGAACUUCAAAGACAGGAUAGUUUAGUCACAAACACAGCAACCAAAUCAGUUGAAGAACUGAAAGCACUGCAAAUAUUGCAAACCAACGUUGAAAACAUCCCAAGUCAGUUUGAUUCUACUUUUAGACCAACUAGUUACAACGCCUCUCAAAAUGUAGUUCCUAAAGAGGGACUCACGAUUGAAGAAACCAUUACCAACGAUACUCCUUCCCAAUUUCAAUUGCAACAACCAAUGAGAGAAACGGCGUAUGUGGAACUUCUUCCACAAGAGGCAAAGAACAUCAGCGAAGUUCAAUAUUCUGACAAAGAAACAAUUCUUGAAGAUUUUAGAACCGAAGUAAAGAAACCCUUAACCAUACAAACAUCGGGACAGUAUUCAGAAGCUAUUUCCACAAGCCAAGUAGCUGAAAUAAAUGAAGAUUUUAAAACAAUAAAUGCUGAAACCAAUGUAAUUCCACAUUCGGCUCUGAUUCAGGAACAGACCGAUAUCCAAGAACAAGAGACUGACCAAAGACCAUUCUCCACUGUCGUUUCGCAUGCACAAAAAACAAUUGACUCCGUAGAAGCUUACGAAAUCACGGAACAAAACGUUCAAAAUCAGACGGCGAUAUUUGAUAAAACAUUUGCUCCAUCAUUAUCCACAGCCCAACCAAAUAUUGUAUCAUCCGAGGGUAUUUUUGUACAGGAAAUCAAUUUAGGUGAUGUGCCGUCUGGCCUAGAACAAGACGAGAAAGUCGAAGGUAACGCUUCGAUUUUAAUAACGCCACAAGAGGCUAAAUAUAUUUCCGAAGUUGAAGUCUCAGACAAAGAGCGUCAUUUGGACGAAUUUUCGGCACCCAAAGGAGUACAGGCAAAUGACUCGUUCGUUCCAAAUGAAAGUAUUAAUGUGGAGGAGGUACAACAGGCGUUGUCCGAAGAGAAAUUUGAUUCCACCAAGCCAACAACUGCUAAACCAAAAAUUAAUAUUGAUUCUAAAGAAGGACUGAUAGUCGAAGAAGUGUUAACCGGAGAUAAACCUGGAAAAUACCUUCCUCAGGCAUUCGUUCCCACAGAAGUGGCCACCAAAAACAUUAUAACUCAAAAAUCACUUGCUCAGACCGAAAUUCAAGCUUCGGAACUAGAAGGAGACUACACCCCCGGAAAUUUGCCUCCGUCCCAGAUUGCCAAGCUAGAUGUGUCCGCUGGCGAGAGUAUUAUGGUUAGCGAAACCCAGGCUCAAGAAAAAGAACGUCUGUUCGAAAAAGCCCUGAGCCCUGAAAGAGGUCUAGCGUCGGAAGACCUAAUUCUAUCGGAAGGAAUCACGAUUAGCCUCACCGACACCCAACAACCCCAAAAUGAAUUAAAUGCAGAGGAAAAGGAAAAACACACUGCGAUUGUCAGUUUACUGACAAAAGAAAGUGUUCAAACCGAAACGAUAAUUGCUGGAGAAUCUGAAGAUAAAUACGAACAUAAACCUAUGAGCUCAAAAACUGCUCAAACCACAUUCAACUGUCUAGAAAUAGGCGGUCAAAUGCUGGUUACAGUUCAAGACUCGGAGAAUGUUCUCCCUGAAAAUGAAAAGCCAACACAGGUUUUGGCGAAGAUGGGAGUUUUUCCCAAUGAGGGAUUAAUCAUUGAAAACGUUGAAACAGGCGACGUACCUUCAGAUUUUGUAGAGCAACCGAAAUUUAAAACCGAUUCAGCAACCGCCGAUCUGCAAACGCAAAAAUAUAUGAACGUAAAUGAAGUUCUUGCAGCUGAAACUGAAAGCGGCUACACACCCGCACAACAAGAGCACGUAAACAUCGAGUCCUCACUUACGAGAACCGAGGAACAGAUUGAGGUGAGCGAAUCUCACUUGAUGGAAAGCGAGAAACAAUUAGUUGAUUUUGAACUGCCGGAAUCGUAUAAAGGCAAAACGGUUUCUUCACACUUAUUGCCUACGGGACUUACCGAGGAAAUCACUCCAGAACACGGAGUAGGGCCUCUAUCGCAAGCACCAUUCGAAGAGGGUAAAGCCGACGUAAAUCAAUCAGUACAUACGGAAACUAUCAUAAGUGAAGCCGAAAUAGGAGAGCCAUUUAGAAACAUAGACCUUGAAAGCCCUAAUUUAAAAGAAGCCGCUUCGGCCAUGAUCCCGCAGGAAGCAAUAAAUGUAACCGAAACAACAGUAGAAGAUAAGGAAAAAUCAUACGUACCUACGGAUACGCCGGCUUACCAACAAGCUAAAGUUGAUAUCGAUUCAAGCCAAGUGGCGAGCCAGGCGAUAAUUCAAGCCAACUAUGGAACAGACCAAUUAUCGAUCGAGACUCCCACUACUGUUCAAGCCAAUUCUGAACAAUCUACUUUGGAAACUGUUCAAGUUACCGAAUACGAAACAGGCGAGAAAGAGAAACAAUACUCCGCUGAUAAACCGGAAGAGAAGAUAGCCGCCAUCGAAUUGAGUGAAGGUUUGUCUGGCCACAACGUAACACAGAUUUUAUACAACGAAAAGGAAGACGAAUAUAUACCAGGCAUAGGACCUUCGUCUGGUUUCGCACAACCUGGCAUUACGACCCAAGAGGUGAUAGUUCACUCAGAAACCGAGACAGUGACUCACGCCGAUAACAUAGUGGAGGAAGAGUUGAUAACGGGUAAGGCGAAAAAAUACGCGAAACCAUUUACGGAACUUAUAGUAACCGAAACAAACGUAACGGAUGUGGAAAAAAAUCUACCUGCAGAUAUUCAUCCUUACUCGAAACAAGCAAACGUGGACGUUUUACCGGACCAAGCACUGUCUGUAACGGAAACCGUAGGCGACUACAAAGAAGGAGCGUUACCGAUUGUUGAAACAGAGCUGUCAACGGCAGAUAUUAACGUGUUAGAGCAACAAGUUGCUCUAAAAGAACAAAUAAUAGCGGAGACGCUACCAGGCGAAUAUAGGAGAAUGUCUCCCGAAAAGCAAUUGGCGCAUAUGCAGCGAGAUAUAUCCGUUCCUCUAUCACAAUUAGAGAUCACGCUAGGGGAAAAAGAGGACGAGAAAACGCAGGAUGUUAUUCCAGAUGCUAAAAAUGCAGGUGUAGUGUUCACUGAAGCCACUUACGUAAACGUUAUGGAAAUAACGUCAGAGGACAAAGAAGGCGACUUACCCAAAGCCGAAGUGCCCAAUAGUGCGACGAGCGAGUCGUCGAUAGCCAGUCACAUGUUAGCAGUAACACAAGAAACUCAACCCGAGGAUUCGGUAAAUAAAUUUGAAAAAGAAACCGACCGUACUGAAAAAGCGAAAGUAGAACAUUCGCUUCUGGACAUGGUAGUCACAACUGAAUCAGUGGCAGCCGAAACGGAAGCGAAACUUGAAAUCGAGAAGAGGGAUGCUAAAAAUGCGUACCCCGAAUUUGAAGAAGCUGAACCUGUGUUAGUGAGUUUCGUAACGCCGGAAAUUAAAGAAAAAGAAUUGGACCGCGAUAAGUUAGAUGUCACUCAAGCAGACAGCAGCAUUUCACCGAUACACACUUUAGAAAUUGGGGAAAUCGUGGCCAAUGAAACUUUAACUGACUUCGAUAGUUCACGGCCUACAGAAAUAAUUGCUCAAAAAACCCAAAAUCAGUAUCAAUGUCUUAUAAACACCGAAGCCUUUCUAGGUGAAUGUGAGUCUUCCUUUAAGGGAGAUCAAACUGCGCCAGAACGACAAGCUACAGCCGAGUAUGACACCAUUGAAGCAAUUCAAACCGCCCAAACCUUACACUCCGAAAAAGAAAGUGAUUACUUACCGACUACUGUGGAGACGCAGUCGGCCGUUACAUCAGUGGAUGUCCAGCCAGUGGCGGAAACUAAAGAGGUAAUCUCGCAAGACUUCGUCACCGAAGUGAAAGAUGAAAAACCGUUAGAAGCUGCGGCCAACGUUGAACAGUCGCUCUUGGAAAGCAUAAUUCAAAGUGAAUCUCUUGCUCAAGAUAGCGAAUCUUACUUUGAUAAAUUUGAGUAUAAGACGACAAACGCUGACCAGAGCUUUAUAGAAGAUAAAGGCCUCACGAUAAGCGAAAUUAUCAGUCACGAGAUGGAAUCUAUGAUCGAAAUUCAGGAAACACCGUCGACUAAACAAGCCGACGUAGACGUUCACGCUCACGUCGUCCCAGUAAACGCAGAAGUAAACGUCAACGAGUUAUAUGACAGACUUUGGACUUCGCUGCCGGUAAGUGUACCCGCGGUACCGGAAAUUGAAGCUUUAGGAGCGGCAACUAAAACCGAAAUAAUCGCAACAGAAACGGAAACUAUCGGAAGCGACUUUAAAAAGCCUGAAUCGCAAAACGUAGACGUUACUAUUACUGAAGAUCAAAGCGUUGUCGUGGAAUCCGUAAUAACACAAGACAGCGAAACCGAAUUGAUUACGCAACCACAAGCUGAUGCCCGAGCAAUAAAAACUAUUACCGAAGCCGGAAAAGUUGUGUCUAAGAGUGAAAUCGAAGCCAAUGUAACUGCGCAAGAUCUAGAAAUCGUUAAGCCAUCAGAAGCAACGGCAUCCGACUCUACAAUACCGUUCGACGCCGUCAUUCAAACUCAACAAGUGUCGAUAGAAAAAGAAUCCGAGUUUGAGAAAACACAGGCGCAUUUAUCAUCAUCGGCUACGAUCAACGUUCAACCGAGGGAGGGAAUAUCUACGACGGAGACAGUUCUUGCACAAAAAGAAACCGACUUAUUGGAAUUUAAAGUCCCCGAAAGCAAGAGCGCCGUCCAUUCGAGAUAUAUUUCAGGAAAAGUAGCGGAAACAAACGUUACGGAGGUGUCGGAAAAUCCCGAUUUUCUAAAAACUAAGGUUCCCGAAUCAUGGACUGCAAUAGCAACCGAUGAAUCAGUAAGCGGUGUCAUCGUAACCGAAAGUAUGAUUCAUGAAAAGGAAAGCGAUUUUACCGGUAAAUUCCAACCCGAAACUACGAAGGUUGAGGUUUCCUUAGAAACGGGGAAAAAGGCAGUCACGAUUAACGAACUCAUUCCUGAUUAUAAGGAGGGCCUUAUGAAUAACUUCGACACCCCAAAAAAACAACAAGCUGGAGUAAACUUAGAUUCGGUUUGCGUACCCGAAUCGCAAGAAGUCAUCCCAAAUGAAUCAGUAAAAGACACGAGUGUAAACAUUCCCGAUGUGGCAAACGCAUUUAUAGAACAAGCGCCGAUACAAGAACUCGUUCACAGUAUACCAGAAGUUCGGGAGAAAGAAGGGGUCUUCGACAAAUCGCUCCCUAUGGAUAAAAAACUUGCCUCGAUCGGAGUGGAAGAAGGUCAAUCAAUAUACGUCGAUGAAAUUGUUUUGGCCGAGAGCGAAUCAACCAUGGAGCUUUCGAAACAAAUAUUUACCAAUGCUGAAAAAUCCGUAACUGGUGUUUUAACUGCUGAAGUGACUGAAGUUAUUUCGUCAAUGCAGCCGGAGGGAUUGAAAUCGAAAACGCCUAUACCUGCCAUUGCGAAUAGAGAACAAGACACGCUUAUCAGUUUAACUCAGACGGAACAAACGAUUAUUGAGUCACCAAAUGAAUAUGAGAGCAUCGUGAGUCCAGAAACGAAAAAGGCCGAACGUACCAUUGAUACCGUGGGAGGAAUUAAUGUUGCGGAAGUGCUAGCCAGUUUUGCACCAAGCGACUUGACAAUAGAAAAAGGGAAAAUGGAAGAAGCCUCAUCGGUAGUGGAUUGCAUGAAAACAGCACAACAGUCUCUAGUAAUAACGUCCGACAAUGUUGACGAAUUCAAAGAUGAAACAAAACAGCCUGUUCAAAUUAACGUAGUAAAAGAUUCCAUGGACGCAUUAAUUCUUUCCGAAAAUAUUGUACAGGAAUCUGAAAAUAUUCUAGGAGAGAAACCAAAGCCGGAAACCAAGACAGCUGAAAGUAUAUAUGACCAAGUCAAAAGUUUGAAUAUAUCCGAAGUAAUCGUCCAAGAAAAGGAGAAUCCAUUAGCAGAAGAAAAACCGGAAGGACAAUUCUCCUCUACGAAUAUUCAACCCCUACAAGCCGCCUCCCAAGCAGCAGUGUUAGUACAGGAAAAUACAGACAAUCUUCCACACGAGAAAGCAAAAGAAGAAUCGGCUGAUAUUAUUCAAACAGAAUUGAAGAGUGUGAUCGUUGCGACUCAAGAGAUUCACGAAAAGGAAAAACCGUUUUCAGAUCAGAAAACGAAUUCGAAACGAGCGAGUAUCUCACUUACAGAACAACUAUCGAUGAGCGUAAUCGAAACCCUAGCCAGCGAACAAGAAAAAGGACUCCUAAAACAAGAACCAGUUUAUGCAACCGCUGAUAAAAUAGUGUCACCUCAGGAUGCUACUGAAAUUACCGAAACUAGUACAGAGGAAAAUAUUUCUCCACUAUUAAUUAAAAAACCAGAAGAUAAUCAAGCUUUUGAAGAAAACGUCCCGCAUAGUGCGGUUCAUAUCACCGAAAAUGUGGUUGCCGAAAAGGAAAAACUCUUUGUCAAAAUAGAUGAAGCAAAGGGUGUAACCGCGGAUGUUAACUUAGAGGAAGCUGCUAGAACGGCCAACAUAACCGAAAUUAUAACAACGCAACGAGAAGGCGAUUUUCUUCCAGACCAGCCGAACCAAGAUUCCGCGCUCCCUUCGCUCAUAGAGUUGAAAGUUCUAGAGACGCAAAUGGUGGACACGUAUGAGAGCACAGACAAGUUGGUAAAGGAUAAAUGUCCCCAAUCAACGAAUGUUAGUGUUAAUAUAGAAGAAUUUGGUAAAUCGUCGAUGGUAACAGAAAUAUUUACAACCGAUAAAGAAUCAGAUCUAAUUGCAGAAAACGUCAAAGAAGAUACGGCAAGAACUACUACAAUCGCGCACAAUAUUAUUGAAGCCCAAGUAGUUAAUGCCUACGAAAACUUAGAGAAAGACAUUCAGAGUCAAAUUCCUGACGAACUAAUUGCAAAUGUCACCUUGGAAGAUAUGGGAACAAUAGCCAGCACUUCCGAAGUCAUACUAAACCAAGGCGAAAGUGAAUUACAAACUGAUAAACCGGACAAACUGUCGGCGAUUCCAACGAUAGAAGAGCAUAUAGUACUCGAAAAACACGAAAUCGAAUCAUUAGAAACCCUGGAUGAGCGAACUAUUACAGCCCAAGUUAAUGCCAGCAUAGCCAAUCUUGGUUUAGAGGAGGCUGGCCGAUCAGCCAGUACCACAGAAACAUUUAGCGUCCAACAGGAAGUAGAGUUGAAAUGUGAGGCGCCUAAGGAAGAUUCAGUGCACGUUUCUCUAUUGGAACUUAAGGGAACUGAAAGUUAUGAGGUAAAGGCAUUUGAAGGUCUCGGAGAAACAGAAAAAUUUAAAAUUCCUCAGACCAUAGAGGUCGUUCCCAGCCUCGAAGAACAUGAUAAUAGCCUUAACAUUUCUGAAAUUAUAACUAGUCAAAGAGAGUCUCAACUGGUGACGGAAAAACCAAAAUCAGAUUCGGCAAGUGCUACGUUCAAGGAAUGUAUAGCAUCCCAAACACAAGUCGUUAAACCAUACGAAAGCACAGGUCUCAAGCCAGCAGAAUCAGUUCCUAAAGGAGCCACUAUUGACAUUGGAGUGGAAAACCUGUGUGAGGCUGUCAGCAUGAUGCAGGUACAACUAGGUGAUGGUGCCACUGAGCUUCACCAGGAAAAAUCCAUUGAAGAUAACGCUAAAGUAUUAAUAAACAAGUACGAAACAACAGAAAAACAGCAAGUAGAUGUAUAUGAUAGCCUGAAUACCUUAGCACAGUCCACGGACGCACCAUCUUCUACUGCUGAGAUUAAUUUGGAAAAAGCUACGAAAAUAAUAAACAUCUCUGAAACCACAACUAACGAAACUGAAGGAGUUUUCAGGCCAGACGAAAUUAAACCGGAUUUUGCGAAUGUGGAUGUCCACGAACAACAAGUCAUAGAGGAGCAAAGUGUGAAAGUAUAUGACAGCUUGGGAGAUAUGGCGAUAGAAAGUCACCCAUCCACUACAACAGCAGGAAUUACAUUGGAGGAUGUUGGGAGAUCGGCAAGUGUUACCCAAAUUCUUCCUAACCAAAAAGAAUCGGAACUUAAGCGAGAUAUACCUGCAACAGACUUCGCCGUGCCUUCUAUUAUAGAACAAAAUGUAGCCGAGAAACAACUGGUUAAAAUAUUUGAAACUUUGGAGAAAAUGCCACUAGAUAAAGUACCUGCCGCUACAACAGCGAAUAUAAAUUUAGAAAAAGCCGGAAAAAGUGUCAGCAUAUCAGAAAUCGAAACAAUUCAAACCGAGUCAGCACUUUUAUCAGAAAAGCCAAAGAAAGACAGUGCAGUUACGUCGAUAAUCCAAAACGAGAGCGUUGAAAAGGAAUCGAUUAGUGCAUACGAAAGUAUACGAGACAUGAAUACAGACGAACAACCUCCAAUCCAUAAAGCAACUUCAGAAGCGGAUGCUAUGCAUAGCGUAACAGAAUCUGAGGUAACUGUACAAGGAACGACAAAACAGUUUGAAAUAAAGGAAGCCCCAAAAACUUCGGCAAACCUCAACAUAAGGACGGAAGAAAGUAUCUUGGUAAGCGAAGUAAUAGUUCAAGGCAGUGUAGGUAAAGAAGUAUCCACCGUAAAUGCUACAGAGGCUACCGCCCAACAAGAUAUAUCCCCUAGACUAGCAAAUUCCAUAGCAGAAACUACGCUUUUCGAAAACAUUGAGGAUGUAAAACACGAUGCAACAAAAACAAGCAAAGCCCAAAGUGAAUACGCCGAUACACAACACAGUAUAAUAGUGACCGAACAGAAAACCUCUGAUUAUGCAACGCCAUUCAAACUACACAUUCCUGACAGAAAGACGACGAAAAUAACACUGGAGGAUACCCAAACACCAUGUCUACAAAUUAGCGAGGUUCAACUACACGAACGCGAGGGAAUACUGGAAGACACCACAACACAUAAAACACAUGCCCGAGUUACACAAACAAGCACAGUAACAGACAUAGCAGACGAACACCUCACCACAUCAAGAAAACAUUCAGACACGGAAGAGUCACACGAAUUUAUAACACGCUUUAAAACAACUCCAGAAAGUACAGAAGCUGCGCAGGUUGUUACAAAGCGAACAAUUAUAAGAAAAUCCCACAAAGGUGAAAGUGAUGUGGUAAUUGAUGAAGUAUUUUCGGAAAUUACCCCAGAAAGACAAGAACAGGGUCCAACAAUAGAGGAAGUAAUAGAUAUAGGCCAUGAGGAGGAAGAAGGGCAGGAAAUGAACUAUAUCGUAGAAGAAUUACCAGAACAAAUUCCUGAAACAACUGUAGUUGAAGAAGGUGUACCUAAAAACAAGGUCAUUAAGAAAAAAAUUAUUAAGAAACAAAAAGGUAACAAAUUGGAAGUUACUCAUAUAGUAACUGAAGAAAAGGAAGGCGAGACGCCGAAGACAACCGUGACUACGGAGGAAACUAUAGCACCAAAAGAAAUUGAAUAUGUGGUUACUGAAUUGCCAGAAGAAAUCCAAGAAAGCACCGUUCUUGAGGAAGGAGUUCAGAAGAAAAAAGUUACCAAGAAACGGGUUAUUAAGAAAAGGAAGGGGGACAAGGAAGAAAAAACUGAAAUUGUCACAGUUCAAGAAGAAGGUAAAGUGCCUGAAACUACGGUAAUAACAGAAGAACGAGAAAUGCCUGAAAUAGAAUACGAUAUCGAGGAAUCACCAGAACAAAUUCAGGAAACAACUGUAGUUGAAGAAGGCGUACCUAAAAAGAAAGUCAUUAAGAAAAAGGUUAUUAAAAAACAAAAAGGCGAUAAAUUGGAAGUUACUCAUAUAGUAACUGAAGAGAAGGAAGGCGAAACGCCGAAGACAACUGUGACCACUGAAGAAACUGUUGUGCCAAAAGAAACUGAAUAUAUAGUCACUGAAUUACCAGAAGAAAUUCAAGAAAGCAUUGUUACUGAGGAAGGAGUUACUAAGAAAAAAGUGAUUAAGAAACGAGUUAUCAAAAAGAGAAAGGGCAACAAGGAAGAGAAAACUGAAAUUAUCACAGUUGAAGAAGAAGGUAAAAAACCGGAGACUACGGUAAAAACAGAAGAAAGAGAAGUGCCUGAAAUAGAAUACGUUAUCGAAAAAUCACCAGAACAAAUUCAGGAAACGACUGUAGUUGAAGAUGGUAUACCUAAGAAAAAGGUCAUAAAGAAGAAAGUUAUUAAAAAACAAAGAGGUGAUAAAUUGGAAGUUACUCAUACAGUAACUGAAGAAAAGGAAGGCGAGACGCCGAAGACAACCGUAACUACGGAGGAAACUGUAGUACCAAAAGAAACUGUAUAUGUGGUUACUGAAUUCCCAGAAGAAAUCCAAGAAAGCACUGUUAUUGAUGAAGGAGUUCCCAAGAAAAAAAUUACCAAGAAACGCGUUGUUAAGAGGAAGAAGGGCGACAAAGAAGAGAAAACUGAAAUUGUUACAGUUGAACAAGAAGGUAAAGCGCCGCAAACUACGAUAACAACAGAAGAACUAGAAAUGCCUGAAAUGGAAUACGCUGUUGAAGAAUCACCAGAACAAAUUCAGGAAACAACUGUAACUGAAGAAGGCGUCCCUAAAAAGAAAGUAGUUAAGAAGAAAGUUAUUAAGAAACAACGAGGCGAUAAAUUGGAAGUUACUCAUAUAGUAACUGAAGAAAAGGAAGGCGAGAUGCCGAAGACAACCGUGACUACGGAGGAAAUUAUUGUACCACAAGAAACUGAAUAUGUGGUUACUGAAUUACCAGAAGAAACCCAAGAAAGCACUGUUAUUGAUGAAGGAGUUCCCAAGAGAAAAGUUACCAAGAAACGGGUUAUUAAGAAGAAGAAGGGCGACAAGGAAGAGAAAAUUGAAAUUGUCACAGUUGAACAAGAAGGUAUAGAGCCGCAAACUACGGUAACAACAGAAGAACGAGAAAUGCCUGAAAUAGAAUACGCUAUCGAAGAAUCACCAGAACAAAUUCAGGAAACAACUGUAGUUGAAGAGGGCGUACCAAAAAAGAAAGUCAUCAAGAAGAAAGUUAUUAGGAAGCAAAAAGGCAAUAAGCUGGAAGUUACUCAUAUAGUAACUAAAGAAAAGGAAGGUGAAACGCCGAAGACAACUGUGACUACCGAGGAAACUAUUUUACCACAAGAAACUGAAUAUGUCGUUACUGAAUUACCAGAAGAAAUCCAAGAGAGCACUAUUAUUGAGGAAGGAGUUCCCAAGAAGAAAUUAACCAAGAAGCGGGUUAUUAAGAAGAGAAAGGGCGAUAAGGAAGAGAAAACUGAAAUUGUCACAGUUGAAGAAGAAGGUAAGGAACCGAAAACAACGGUAACAACAGAAGAACGAGAAGUGCCUGAAAUAGAAUACGCUAUCGAAGAAUCACCAGAACAAAUUCAGGAAACAACUGUAGUUGAAGAGGGCGUACCAAAAAAGAAAGUCAUUAAGAAGAAAGUUAUUAGGAAGCAAAAAGGCGAUAAGCUGGAAGUUACUCAUAUAGUAACUGAAGAAAAGGAAGGUGAAACGCCGAAGACAACCGUGACUACCGAGGAAACUAUUUUACCACAAGAAACUGAAUAUGUCGUUACUGAAUUACCAGAAGAAAUCCAAGAGAGCACUAUUAUUGAGGAAGGAGUUCCCAAGAAGAAAUUAACCAAGAAACGGGUUAUUAAGAAGAGAAAGGGCGAUAAGGAAGAGAAAACUGAAAUUGUCACAGUUGAAGAAGAAGGUAAGGAACCGAAAACAACAGUAACAACAGAAGAACGAGAAGUGCCUGAAAUAGAAUACGCUAUCGAAGAAUUACCAGAACAAAUUCAGGAAACAACUGUAUUUGAAGAGGGCGUACCAAAAAAGAAAGUCAUUAAGAAGAAAGUUAUUAGGAAGCAAAAAGGCGAUAAGCUGGAAGUUACUCAUAUAGUAACUGAAGAAAAGGAAGGCGAAACGCCGAAGACAACCGUGACUACCGAGGAAACUAUUUUACCACAAGAAACUGAAUAUGCCGUUACUGAAUUACCAGAAGAAAUCCAAGAGAGCACUAUUAUUGAGGAAGGAGUUCCCAAGAAGGAAUUAACCAAGAAACGGGUUAUUAAGAAGAAAAAGGGCGAUAAGGAAGAGAAAACUGAAAUUGUCACAGUUGAAGAAGAAGGUAAGGAACCGAAAACAACGGUAACAAUAGAAGAACGAGAAGUGCCUGAAAUUGAAUACGCUAUCGAAGAAUCACCAGAACAAAUUCAGGAAACAACUGUAUUUGAAGAGGGCGUACCAAAAAAGAAAGUCAUUAAGAAGAAAGUUAUUAGGAAGCAAAAAGCCGAUAAGCUGGAAGUUACUCAUAUAGUAACUGAAGAAAAGGAAGGCGAAACGCCGAAGACAACCGUGACUACCGAGGAAACUAUUUUACCACAAGAAACUGAAUAUGCCGUUACUGAAUUACCAGAAGAAAUCCAAGAGAGCACUAUUAUUGAGGAAGGAGUUCCCAAGAAGAAAUUAACCAAGAAAAGGGUUAUUAAGAAGAAAAAGGGCGAUAAGGAAGAGAAAACUGAAAUUGUGAUAGUUGAAGAAGAAGGUAAGGAACCGAAAACAACGGUAACAAUAGAAGAACGAGAAGUGCCUGAAAUAGAAUACGCUAUCGAAGAAUCACCAGAACAAAUUCAGGAAACAACUGUAUUUGAAGAGGGCGUACCAAAAAAGAAAGUCAUUAAGAAGAAAGUUAUUAGGAAGCAAAAAGGCGAUAAGCUGGAAGUUACUCAUAUAGUAACUGAAGAAAAGGAAGGCGAAAGGCCGAAGACAACCGUGACUACCGAGGAAACUAUUUUACCACAAGAAACUGAAUAUGUCGUUACUGAAUUACCAGAAGAAAUCCAAGAGAGCACUAUUAUUGAGGAAGGAGUUCCCAAGAAGAAAUUAACCAAGAAACGGGUUAUUAAGAAGAGAAAGGGCGAUAAGGAAGAGAAAACUGAAAUUGUCACAGUUGAAGAAGAAGGUAGGGAACCGAAAACAAUGAUAACAACAGAAGAACGAGAAGUGCCUGAAAUAGAAUACGCUAUCGACGAAUCACCAGAACAAAUUCAGGAAACAACUGUAGUUGAAGAGGGCGUACGAAAAAAGAAAGUCAUUAAGAAGAAAGUUAUUAGGAAGCAAAAAGGCGAUAAGCUGGAAGUUACUCAUAUAGUAACUGAAGAAAAGGAAGGCGAAACGCCGAAGACAACCGUGACUACCGAGGAAACUAUUUUACCACAAGAAACUGAAUAUGCCGUUACUGAAUUACCAGAAGAAAUCCAAGAGAGCACUAUUAUUGAGGAAGGAGUUCCCAAGAAGAAAUUAACCAAGAAAAGGGUUAUUAAGAAGAAAAAGGGCGAUAAGGAAGAGAAAACUGAAAUUGUCACAGUUGAAGAAGAAGGUAAGGAACCGAAAACAACGGUAACAAUAGAAGAACGAGAAGUGCCUGAAAUAGAAUACGCUAUCGAAGAAUCACCAGAACAAAUUCAGGAAACAACUGUAUUUGAAGAGGGCGUACCAAAAAAGAAAGUCAUUAAGAAGAAAGUUAUUAGGAAGCAAAAAGGCGACAAGCUGGAAGUUACUCAUAUAGUAACUGAAGAAAAGGAAGGCGAAACGCCGAAGACAACCGUGACUACCGAGGAAACUAUUUUACCACAAGAAACUGAAUAUGUCGUUACUGAAUUACCAGAAGAAAUCCAAGAGAGCACUAUUAUUGAGGAAGGAGUUCCCAAGAAGAAAUUAACCAAGAAACGGGUUAUUAAGAAGAGAAAGGGCGAUAAGGAAGAGAAAACUGAAAUUGUCACAGUUGAAGAAGAAGGUAAGGAACCGAAAACAAUGAUAACAACAGAAGAACGAGAAGUGCCUGAAAUAGAAUACGCUAUCGAAGAAUCACCAGAACAAAUUCAGGAAACAACUGUAUUUGAAGAGGGCGUACGAAAAAAGAAAGUCAUUAAGAAGAAAGUUAUUAGGAAGCAAAAAGGCGAUAAGCUGGAAGUUACUCAUAUAGUAACUGAAGAAAAGGAAGGCGAAACGCCGAAGACAACCGUGACUACCGAGGAAACUAUUUUACCACAAGAAACUGAAUAUGUCGUUACUGAAUUACCAGAAGAAAUCCAAGAGAGCACUAUUAUUGAGGAAGGAGUUCCCAAGAAGAAAUUAACCAAGAAACGGGUUAUUAAGAAGAGAAAGGGCGAUAAGGAAGAGAAAACUGAAAUUGUCACAGUUGAAGAAGAAGGUAAGGAACCGAAAACAAUGAUAACAACAGAAGAACGAGAAGUGCCUGAAAUAGAAUACGCUAUCGAAGAAUCACCAGAACAAAUUCAGGAAACAACUGUAUUUGAAGAGGGCGUACCAAAAAAGAAAGUCAUUAAGAAGAAAGUUAUUAGGAAGCAAAAAGGCGAUAAGCUGGAAGUUACUCAUAUAGUAACUGAAGAAAAGGAAGGCGAAACGCCGAAGACAACCGUGACUACCGAGGAAACUAUUUUACCACAAGAAACUGAAUAUGCCGUUACUGAAUUACCAGAAGAAAUCCAAGAGAGCACUAUUAUUGAGAAAGGAGUUCCCAAGAAGAAAUUAACCAAGAAAAGGGUUAUUAAGAAGAAAAAGGGCGAUAAGGAAGAGAAAACUGAAAUUGUAACAGUUGAAGAAGAAGGUAAGGAACCGAAAACAACGGUAACAAUAGAAGAACGAGAAGUGCCUGAAAUAGAAUACGCUAUCGAAGAAUCACCAGAACAAAUUCAGGAAAAAACUGUAUUUGAAGAGGGCGUACCAAAAAAGAAAGUCAUUAAGAAGAAAGUUAUUAGGAAGCAAAAAGGCGAUAAGCUGGAAGUUACUCAUAUAUUAACUGAAGAAAAGGAAGGCGAAACGCCGAAGACAACCGUGACUACCGAGGAAACUAUUUUACCACAAGAAACUGAAUAUGUCGUUACUGAAUUACCAGAAGAAAUCCAAGAGAGCACUGUUAUUGAGGAAGGAGUUCCCAAGAAGAAAUUAACCAAGAAACGGGUUAUCAAGACGAGAAAGGGCGACAAGGAAGAGAAAACUGAAAUUGUCACAGUUGAACAAGAAGGUAAAGAGCCGCAAACUACGGUAACAGAAGGACGAGAAAUGCCUGAAAUAGAAUACGCUGCCGAAGAAUCGCCAGAACAAAUUCAGGAAACAACUAUAAUUGAAGAAGGCGUCCCUAAAAAGAAAGUCAUUAAGAAAAAAGUUAUUAAGAAACAAAUAGGCGAUAAACUGGAAGUUACUCAUAUAGUAACUGAAGAAAAGGAAGGCGAAACUCCGAAGACAACCGUGACUACGGAGAAAACUAUAAUACCAGAAGAAGAUGAAUAUGUGGUUAUUGAAUUACCAGAAGAAAUCCAAGAGAGCACUGUUAUCGAGGAAGGAGUUCCCAAGAAAAAAUUAACCAGGAAACGAAUUAUUAAGAAGAGAAAGGGCGGUAAGGAAGAGAAAACUGAAAUUGUCACAGUUGAAGAAGAAGGCAAAGAGCCGGAAACUAUGGUAACGACAGAAGAACGAGAAUUGCCUGAAAUAGAAUACGCUAUCGAAGAAUCACCAGAACAAAUUGAGGAAACAACUGUAGUUGAAGAGGGUAUACCUAAAAAGGUAGUCAUUAAGAAGAAAGUUAUUAGGAAGCAAAAAGGCCAUAAGCUAGAACUUACUCAUAUGGUAACUGAAGAAAAGGAAGACGAAACACCGAAGACAACCGUGACUACGGAGGAAACUAUAAUACCAGAAGAACUUGAAUAUGUCGUUACUGAAUUACCAGAAGAAAUCCAAGAAAGCACUGUUAUUGAGGAAGGUGUUCCCAAGAAGAAAUUAACCAAGAAACGGGUUAUUAAGAAGAGAAAGGGCGGUAAGGAAGAGAAAACUGAAAUUGUCACAAUUGAAGAAGAAGGUAAGGAACCAAAAACCACGAUUACAACAGAAGAACGAGAAAUACCUGAAAUAGAAUACGCUAUCGAAGAAUCACCAGAACAAAUUCAGGAAACAACUGUAGUUGAAGAGGGCAUACCUAAAAAGAAAGCGAUUAAGAAGAAAGUUAUUAGAAAGCAAAAAGGCGAUAAGCUGGAAGUUACUCAUAUAGUAACUGAAGAAAAGGAAGGCGAAAAGCCGAAGACAACCGUGACUACGGAGGAAACUAUGAUACCAGAUGAACCUGAAUAUGUGGUUACUGAAUUACCAGAAGAAAUCCUAGAAAGCACUGUUAUCGAGGAAGGAGUUCCCAAGAAAAAAUUAUCCAAGAAACGGGUUAUUAAGAAGAGAAUGGGCGAUAAGGAAGAUAAAAAUGAAAUUGUCAUAGUUGAAGAAGGAGGUAAAGAGCCGGAAACUACGGUAACGACAGAGGAACGAGAAUUGCCUGAAAUAGAAUACGCUAUCGAAGAAUCGCCAGAGCAAAUUCAGGAAACAACUGUAGUUGAAGAGGGCGUACCAAAAAAGAAAGUCAUUAAGAAGAAAGUUAUUAGAAAGCAAAAAGGCGGUAAGCUGGAAGUUACUCAUAUAGUAACUGAAGAAAAGGAAGGCGAAACGCCGAAGACAACCGUGACUACCGAGGAAACUAUUUUACCACAAGAAACUGAAUAUGUCGUUACUGAAUUACCAGAAGAAAUCCAAGAGAGCACUAUUAUUGAGGAAGGAGUUCCUAAGAAACGAGUGACAAAAAAACGUAUUAUUAAAAAAAGGAAAGGAGACAAGGAAGAGAAAACUGAAAUUGUGACAGUUGAGGAAGAGGGUAAAAAAUCGGAGACUACCGUAACAACAGAAGAACGAGAUGUUCCUGAAAUAGAUUACGAAAUCGAAGAAUCACCAGAACAAAUUCAGGAAACAACUGUAGUUGAAGAGGGUAUACCUAAAAAGAAAGUCAUUAAGAAGAAAGUUAUUAAGAAACGAAAUGGCGAUAAGUUGGAAGUUACUCAUAUAGUAACUGAAGAAAAGGAAGGGGAAACGCCGAAGACAACCGUGACUACGGAGGAAACUAUAGUACCAGAAGAAACUGAAUAUGUGGUUACUGAAUUACCAGAAGAAAUCCAAGAAAGCACUGUUAUUGAGGAAGGAGUUCCUAAGAGAAGAGUGACCAGAAAACGUGUUAUUAAAAAGACAAAGGACGACAAGGAAGAAAAAACUGUAAUUGUCACAGUUGAAGAAGAAGGUAAAAAGCCGGAGACUACUGUAAUAAUAGAAGAACGAGAAAUUCCUGGAAUAGAAUACGCUAUCGAAGAAUCACCAGAACAAAUUCAGGAAGUUGGAGGUGAUAUACCUAAAAAGAAGGUCAUAAAGAAGAAAAUUAUAACGAAACAAAAAGGAGAUAAAUUGGAAACUAAUGAUAAAGCUGAGGACCUCGUGCAGGAAUUACCUUAUCCUAUCAAACUGUUGGCAGAGGAAUUUUCUUUGGCCUAUCCCGUUGAAGAACUGCCUCUACAAGUACAUGAAAAAUUUGAAAUAGAUCAGGGAAAUAUUAAAAAGGAAACCCUUUGCAAGCGUACUCUAAGGAAAAGGAAGGGUCAUAUACUUGAAAUAACACAUAUUGAAACACUUCUCGAAGAAAACAAACCUCCUCAAGUCUCUGUUAACAUCGAACGAGAGCUUACCUCGGAAAAAUUCGAAAAUUUUGUUGAUGAAAUCCCUAUUCAUAUCCAGGAAACUAUAGUUAUUGAUAACGGGGUUCCCAAAAAGAAAACAACCAAAACCAAGAUACUGAAAACAAAGAAAGGCGAGACACCAAUUAUUACUGAAUCUGUUACCACAGAAGAAGAUGGUCAAACACCACAAAACGUUGCAACCAUUAUUGACGAGAAUAUACCGAUAUAUGCGGUUGAGGAACUUCCAGAACAGGUACAAUCAUUCGAAAUUUAUAAAGAUGGAAAAACCCAUCAAAAAAUUGUUAAGAAACGUGUGAUUAAGAAAAAGGAAGGUCCUUUGGAGGAAACGACAGUCAUAACUACCGAAGAAGAGGAGGGAAAAGAACCGUUAGUCACUGUAGUUGUCACUCACUCCGAAGACACAAAACCAAAACGCGGUAAAAGGCAAAAGAAAACAAAAUCUGAAAAAGACAAGUAUCUCUUCGUACCAUUGUUAGCCGAAGAGAAAGAGAUUCCAACUACUCCAGAAAUGUUUGAUCUAUUGAAAUUGGAAUUAAUCAAGAUAUUCCUUUCUCACCCCCUGCCGGAUUUACCUGGACAAGUGGCACUGCCCAUCGGACAACGCGUUCUAAUAGAAUUCCCUCUUGAAGUUGAAAAUAUUGCACUAGAAGACGGUCGAAAUUUGACAAUACAAAAAAGAAAAAUUCGUAAGCAGCUAGGAAAUACUGAUGAGUUGAUCACAAUUACAUCUAGCAAAUAUCCGGACGAGGAACCGAUCAUCGAUGUUACGAUAGAAGAAGUUUCACCAAUCAACGUUGACGAUAAAACAUCUCUAAUCCCAAUUAUCGAACUUCCUGAAGAUGUUGAAGUGUUUGAGAUCAGCACCUCGGACAAAAUCCCCAAGAAGAAAAUAACCAAACGUAGAAAACUUCUUAAAAAGGUAGGCCCAAAAAUUGAAGAGACUGGAAUAAUCAGCGUUGUGGAAGACGACAAGGUGACCGAAAUUAAAGUCGCUGUUAAGGAAUAUGACGUUACCUGUGCCCCAUCCGAAUUAUCCAAAAUCAAGCAAACUCUGAAAUACGUGGAAGUAAAACCGAAAAAGGUAGAGAUUUGUCACAAAGAUGAUUUGCCUUCGCUGGGACCAUCAGGACUGAACAAGCGUAAGUUACCUGCAAAGCAGAUAAAGGAGGUUAAAUUUCCAAAAAUACGACUUAAAAGUAGAAUUCGCUUUAUAGUAUUUCCACCCGAAAAUGAGAAAGAACAACAAGCCAUCGUGACAAUUUUGGCUCCAUGUAUUAAAGAUCGCGGUGAAUUAUCCAGGAAUGCAUCAGAAGCGGAAAAAGUUCUCAAGCGUAAAAAACUCAAAAAGUUUAAAGAUAUAGAAUACGAAAGUCCAGAAUUAGAGAAACCGGAAGAAUAUGAUCAGCUGGAAAAACCUGAGAAGUCGGUUCCCGAAGAAAAGGAGAAAUACAAAAGGAAAAGUCCUAAAGAAAGCAAGCCCCAACAAGAAACUAUAGAUCUGCAGUUGGGAAAAGGCAACAUUCCCGAAGAAGUUGAUGACAGUGAACAAGUCAAUCUUAAAAAAAUUCCGAGGAGAGAUCAGAAAAUCCCCGAAGACGAAAAAGUUAAGCGGGAAAAGGAAGUUUCACCUUCUAAAAAACGUGUGGGAGACAAACCCGAUCGCGAAGAGUCACCAAUGAAAUUUGAGGGCCGCGAUAUCGACAAAGAAGAUAUCGAUAGAGAAUUUCCGAAUAAAUUCGAAAAAGAAGGCGAAGAACAGUUAAUCCAAGAUGAUAAUAAAAAAUACAUGAGGAAACCGAAAAAGAAAACAAUACCCGAAACGGAUAGCACCGAAAUUAAAGAAGGAGUUCCGAAACCAAAACAGUCUCCUGAAGAUGAGGAUGUAAAAUUUAAAAUCUUCCAAGGCCCGAAAUCAGAUGAACUUAAAGAUGACAUCAAGUUGAAACCAUUUAUUAAGCAAGUUGAAGAAGAACCGACGUAUAAAACUCAUGUUGAACAGUUGAAAUUUUUAAAAUCAUUUGUUUACGAACUGCCCGAAGAAGAAAUGUUUAUUACAGAAACUUCACCGGAAGGAACAGCGGUUAAGAAAAUCAAAACUAGGAGGAUAAUAAAAAAACGUCGCGGUCCUAUCGAGGAGACUACAGCGAUUGAGAAAAUUACACCUGAACACGGGAUUCCUGAAACAUCAGUAUCGAUCAGCGAGGAAGUUAUUCGAGAAGACGAGCAUAUUCCAUUUGACGCAUUAGAAUUGACGGAACUUCCUGAACAAGUAAGUCUAAUAAAUCAAGAAGUUGAAGGAUCGGUAACCACUAAACAUUUGAAGAAGCGAAAACUGAUUAAAAAUAGAGGACAAGAAAGUGAAACAACUGAAAUUAUUACCCUCGAAGAGGAAAACAAAAUUCCAGAAAUAAUUGUUACUGUGUACCCCGAAGAGAUUUUAGACGAGGAAGAUUUUAAGCAGCUAGAACCUAAAAUACCAAAAUCUGAUAAACCACUGGUUCUGGAAAUGCCGGAAACGGUUACUUUGACUGUGACAAAACCUUCUCUAGAUACAAAAAUUAAAACGAUAACGCAUACAAAGAAAUAUAAGAAGAUUCAUAAACCCAAACAAGAAGUGAUAACAAUAACAACUACGGAAGAAGAGGAUAAAGCACCCGUAACCCAGGUAUUGGUAACGGAAGCAGAACCUGAUCUAGAAGACAUUAACAAUGCGCAUCUAGUUGAAGAGUUGCCUGCUAUAACUACGUACGAAGAAAUAGUUAUCGACGGUAUACAAAGACAACGAAAAAUUGAAAAAAGACGGUUCAAACGAAGAGACGGUGACAAAAAUCAGAUAACUGAAAUCAACACUGUCGAGGACGGCGUAGGUCCAACCAAAAUAGAAACAGCAGUAUACUACAAUGACAUCGGUGAGGAAGACAUCCCUACCGACAGUUCAGUGGUAAUUUUUGAACUCCCUGAAGAUGUAACAGUAACUGAAGAACCACGCAAACGCAGCACAAGAACGAGAACCCUGAAAAAAAUUUCUAGUCCUAGGCAGGAAAUUACCACGAUUGAUACCGUUUAUGAAGAAAGCAAAAAACCUCAAACAACGGUCGCUACUCGCGAAAUACAAGAACUGAACGACAUCCAUCAAGGCAAUCAAGUAUUGGAGACUCCCGAAGAAAUUCUUAUAGAAAAUUUUACGCAAACCCAAAUCAUCAAGAAACGGUUCGUUAAAAGAAAAGAUGGCAAAAUAGAGACCACUGAAUUGAAAACAGUACAACACCAAGAUAAACUUCCAGUUACAUCAAUUACCACAUACACUUCGGAUAUACAACAGGUCGAACCUGCCCACAUACAUAAAGCUAAAACACGCAAAACGAAACUGAAACCCACAGUCACACCACACAGUGAAUUAGAAAUCACCGACCUACACGCUCUCGAGCAAACACGGGAACUAGGUCCACUUGAUACGAAAACACAAAAGUCGAAAGGUGUACUGGUACAGGAUUUGAAAGAAUCGGUGACGAUAGAAACAGUUGAAUCUCAACGUCCCGUACAAGAUGUGCCCCUUAUUGAGGAAUUUCCCGAAGAAAUUGAACAACUUGAAAGUGUAGGCGAAAACGGCGAGAUCAGAAAGAAAACUAUCAAGAAAAAAUUGAUUCGUAAACGGAAAAAUGGAGUACAAGAAGAUACUCAUAUCGUUAGAAUAGAGGAAGAAGGUCAACCAAUGCAUUCUACUGUUACCAUUCAAGAAGUUCCUGUACCAGAAGAUAGCACAGAACAAGUUUGCAGCGAAACAACCUACAUUGAAGAACUUCCUGAAGAAGAAAUUGUUACGGAAAUUGACACUGAAGAGGGACCAAAGAAAAAAGUAUUCAAGAAGAAAACAUUUAAGAAAAAAAGAGGCAGUAAAGUUGAAUCUACCGAAAUUUUCACGGUAUAUGAAGAAGGUAAGGAACCAGAAACAUCGGUUACCAUUCAUGAAAUUGAAGAUGAGAUCAAACCCCAAGAGGCGCAAAUAGUAGAAGAGGUAGUCGAAGGCAAGAAAGUGAUUCGAAAGAAAAUAACUAAAAAAAAUAAAGACAGCAAAAUUGCAGAAAUGGACACAGAGACCAUUGCGGAACUUGAAGCUACUGUUUUAGUACCUGAAGAAAUAACUAUUCCAGAAUCUGUUUAUGUCGAAGAACUUCCGGAACAGGUAGAGGUACAGGAAGUUAAGAGCCGCUGGGGACCUAAGAAGAAAAUAAUUAAAAGGCGAAUUAUUAGAAAGCGCAAAGGAAACAAAGUAGAAGACACUCACAUCAUAACAGUCGAGGAAGAGGGCAAAAAGCAAGAAACAUCUGUAAGUAUUGAAGAAAUCGAAUUACCCCAAGACGAGAGCAAGACGCUGACUACGGUUAAGCCUGACGAAGGCACAAUUAUAGAAGAAACUCCAGAACAAGUAAUUGUAACAACAGUCGAUACGCAUGCAGGUCCAAAAAAGAAAGUUAUUAAGAAAAAAGUAUACAGGAAGAGAAAAGGAAGUAAACAAGAAGACACUGAAAUCGUCACUGUGGAGGAAGAAGACAAAAAACCUGAAGUGACGGUAGUUGUUAAGGAAACCAAAGUUAAGGAUACAAAGAAAAAAAUUACCAAAAAAAUUUGCAAACCGCAUGAAGAAUUGAUAACUGAAGAAGGGUACUUGUAUGUUCCCCUACUGGCGCAAAAAGAUCAGAUUGAACCGAAUGAAGUUAUCGACAUGGUACAAAUGGAACUGGUCAAAAAGGCACUUGCAAAGCAGGUUCCAGAACACGUUGAUAUGAUAGAAGAAGAAAUGGAAGAGGUUAAAGAAAAGGUAAAGAAAUCAAAGAGUAAAAAACCUGUGAAUGUGAAGGAAAUUGAUAUACCACUGCCCCUCCUUGCAGAAGAAUUUCCGGAAGAGAUACAAAUUGUUCAGAAAAUUUCCGAAGAAGGCGUUCCGACAACUAAAAUAAUUAAGAAAAAAGUUAUCAAAAAACGCAAGGGUAGUAAAGAUGAGCACAUUCAAAUAUUUACUGCGGAAGAAGAGAAUAAAGAGCCGGAAACAACAGUAGUUAUUGAAGAAAUUGAUAUUCCUGAGGAUCAAAUGCGAGAACUGGAACAAAUUCGACCCGAGAGAUGUGUCAUUGUUGAAGAAAUACCGGACAAACUUGAAAUUGUACCAACGACCGAAGGUCCUCGGCAAAAAACAAUUAAAAAGAGAAUUAUUAAGAAACGACGGGGAAGCAAACAAGAAACUACUGAACUCGUAGUUUAUGAAGAGGAAGGUAAAACUCCUGAAGGUAUCGUCACAAUUGAAGAGUUGGAGUACCCCGAAGUUGAAGUGGAAAAAUUACCCGAUGCAGAAGAAGAAGAACCAAUGAUUGUGCUGGAGCUGCCUGAAACUGUUCAAACAUAUACGGACAAUACAGUUACGAAAACACUAACCAAGAAGACAACCAAAACACGAAAAGGCGGUAAGCAAGAAACCAAGCAAGUAUUUACUGUUGAGGAAGAAGGUAAAAAUCCAAAAACGUCCAUAAUUAUAGAAGAAAUUACCAUUCCUGAAGAAAUUGUUGAAAACCUCACCCUUCCCCAAAUUAAAAAAGUUAAGCCCAAACAGCCCGUAUUUGUUGAAGACCUCGAAAAAGUUGAGAUAGUGCAAGUAAGUGUGAAAGAAGGGCCAAAGAAAAAAGUUAUCAAAAGCAAAGUAAUUCAAACAGAUGAUAUAGCACCAAUCAAACCGAAAAUCGAAGAGAAAGAAUGGCAAAUCGGCGAAGAAAUGCCAGAAGAAAUACGUAUAGUCAAACAUGAAACGGAUCACGAAGGAACUGGAAAAAAAGUAGUGAAAAAGAGAGUAAUACGUGCCAGAAAAGAUAGUAAACAUGAAAUUACGCAAAUAUUCACCGUGGAAGAAGAAGGUCAAGAGCCCAAAACGUCGGUGGUUAUCGAAGAAAUAUAUUUACCAGAGGAGAUAGUUAGAGAGUUGCCUUCAAUUCAACCAGAUUGCAGUGUAGUUAUUGAAGAAUUAGACACUGCAAAAUCUGAAACAGACAGAGAAAAGGUAAGAAAGAAAGUAAUAAAGAAACGAAAAGGCAGUAAACAAGAAACUACAGAAAUUGUAAUCUAUGAACAAGGUGAUAAACCUGAGACAUCUGUAACUAUUGAGGAAAUUGAUGUACCAGAACAAGUAGUAGAGGAACUCCUCGUCCCACUUUCAGAAGAAGCAAUAAUCAUAGAGGAACUGCCAGAAGAAAUAACGACCGUUGAUGAAACGAAAACUAAAUCCAAAAAGGUUAUUAAAAAGCGACGAGGAAGUAAACAAGAAGUAGUACAAACUACCAUCAUCCAAGAAGUUGGCAAAAAGCCAAAAUCGUACGUUUUAAUUGAAGAAAUUGAAAUUCCAGAAGACAUUUUAGAAGAAUUAGAAACGCCGAAACCUGCUUCCACCAAACCAAUAUUUAUCGAAGACCUCAGCGGAAAAGUGGAAAUUACUCAAACCAAAGUACUGGAAGGACCGAGGAAGAAAACUAUAAAAUCUAAAGCAAAGAAAUUACCUGAUGAAAAACAAAUUCCACUUCUGAUAGCCGAAGAAAUGCCCGAAGAAAUUAAAGUAGUGGAAGAAAUUAAUGAAGAGGGUGAUUCUCAAAAGAAAAUAAUCAAAAAGAGAGUUAUUAAAUCCAGAAAAGGGAAAAAAGAAGAGGUUACCCAAAUAGUUACAGUGGAAGAGCCAGGAAAGACGCCUCAAACUUCAAUUAUAAUUGAAGAAAUUGAAGCACCACAGGACACAUCCCGCAUCGAAUUUGACGAGGUCCAACCAGUAAUUAUUCAGGAAAUCCCAGAGCAAACCGAAAUUAUUGAUACGGAAACUGGCGAAGGACCCCAAAAGAUUAAUAUUAAGAAAAAAAUAAUAAGGAAACGCAAAGGAAGUAAGCAGGAAUCUACAGAAAUUAUUGUCAUGGAAAAAGAAGGUAAACAACCAGAAAUAACAAUGACGAUACAAGAAACCGAAGCACCUGAAGAAAUUUUGGAGCUAAUGCCCAUUCAGCCGCAAGAGCCCAUUAUAAUUGAAGAAUUUCCCGAAGAAAUUCAGGCCGAUAGUACCAAAGUUACAAAGAAGAAAGUCAUCAAGAAACGAAAAGGUGGCAAGCAGGAAUCUAUAAUAUCUGUUACAGUAGAAGAGGAGGGUAAAACUCCUGAAACUAAUGUCGUGAUAGAAGAAAUUGAUAUCUCACCUGAUGUUCUAGAAGAACUCCCUCAAAACUUUUCAGAAACACCAGUAUUUAUCGAAGAUAUCUCAGACAAAUUAGAGUUUUCCGACGUUGUUGUGGAGGAACAUCCUGGGAAAAAACUAGUUCGAAAACGUGUGACUAAGAAAACUGAAAAGGAAGAAAUACCGGAGCCUGUAAUCGAACUUCCAGAAAAAAUUGAAAUAUUAGAAGAUGAUAAGGGUCAAAAGAAAAUCAUCAAAACUAGAGCUCUGAAAAAGAGGAGAGGAACGAAAGAGGAAACAACGCAUAUUGUCACAGUAGAAGAAGCAGGAAAAACUCCACAAACAACAGUAACGAUUGAACAAACUGAAAUCUCCGAUGACGAAAAGAAAGAACCGGAAUAUAUUGAAGAGCUUCCGGAGCAGGUUGAGGUUGAAGAAACCAAAGGAAGAUGGGGCCCAGAAAAGAAAACAGUAAGAACCAGAACAAUUAGAAAACGCAAAGGAAGUACACAAGAAGAUACGCACAUAGUUACCAUCGAACAAAUCGGUAAACAACCAGAAACGUCGAUUGUUAUUGAAGUGACAAAGGUGCCCGACGAGCUAACGCCCCGACAACAAGAAGGAAAUAUCAUUGAGCUUCCAGAAGAAGUCAAAAUAAUCGAGACGGUUACUCCACAAGGUAGUGUAAAACAAAUUCAGAAAAAAAGGGUAAUUAAAAAGCGGAAGGGAGACCAAGAACACACUACAGAAAUAUUUGUCGUGGAAGAAGAAGGCAAAGAGCCUCAGACAACAGUCACAGUGGAAGAAGUCGAAAUACCCAACGUGUCUGAACUUUCUACAGCUAAAUCUAUGGAGGAGCUCCCAGAGGACGUCAAAGUUGAAAUUAUUAUCGACCAAGGCAAACCGAAAAAGAAAGUAACCAGAAAACGCAGGAUUACAAAACCUAAAGGCGACAGAGAGGAAAUUACCGAAAUUGUUACUGUUGAAGAGGAAGGCAAACAGCCGGAAACGACUGUGGUAGUAGAAGAGAUUGAAUCCUCAGAAAGAACGAAAAAGAAAAUUCCAAAGCAGAAACCAAAACAAAAAAUUCCAUUACGGAGAGAAAUCUCUGUUCUUAUGCCGAUAGAGAGAAAAGAAAUACAGCCGCAAAAGUUGAAAAUUGUUGAUGCGAAAGACCUUCCACUUUUCGGCGAAAUUAAACUAAAAAAACCCAAGACUACUCCCCAAAAGAAAGACACAUCAGUGAAAUUGCAAAAAAUUAUGCUUAAAAGUAGAAUGAAGCUGAUAGACUUUCCACCAGGUACGGAAAAGGAACAACUUCCUCGAAUCUCGAUUCUCGAACCAGUUUACAGAGACAAUGGCGUUCUAUCGCGAAAUGUUCAUGAAGCCGAAAAAGCCCCUAAAACUAAAAAGAGGCGUUUGAAGGACAAAGAUCUGGACCUAAAGAAACUAGAACAACUCGAUAUUGAAAUGGACGAACUGAAAAAGAAGGAACUUGAAAAAGUCGAUGAAUUGGUAUUUGAAAAACAACCCAAAAAGAAACCUACAGAUGAAGAAGAAAUGCCUAAAAAACUAAAAAUCGGAAAAGGCAAAGUACCAAAGCCUAAAGAAGAAGGUGAAGAAGUGGUUUUGAAAAAAGUACCGGAACAACCUAUUGACAAAAUAGACGAAUCUGAAACCAAACCUAAUCAAGAAGAAACCUCCAUACGCAAACCCGCGUCUAAGAAGAAAGAAAAGGAAGAGGACAAAAUCAAGUUUGAACCCUUCGACCGGGAAUACGAAAGUCCCGAGCUCGAAGAAUACGAACCCCUUAAACUGGAUGAUGAAGAAAAUGAUGAAAGUACAAAAGAAAAACCCAAAAUUCCCAAAAAGAAAAAAGUUAAGCCGCUGCCACAAACCCAAGAGUCGAUUAUUGAACUUGGAAAACCACAGCCUCCGAGAGAUGACGAAAAAGAAGAAAUAGAUCUCAAAUAUAAACAAAAGCCUAAACCUGAAGAAAUCGUAGAGAAACCAAAAUUAAAACCUCAUAGGAAAGAAGCCGAAGGAGAAGAAUACAAAGUCAAAAUAGACUCAGUAAUGAAGCAUGACACGAUAGUAACUUUCGAGGGAGACGAUAUCGAGCAAGAAACUGUGCCCAUCGAGGAUAACGAAAAGCCGCGAAAAAAAGUAGUUAAGAAAGUCAAACGUAAACCUUCCGGUGAAAACAUUUCUGAAGAAACGCCAGAAGACGUACAUGUUGUAGAGGGGGUUGAGAUCCCGAAGGAGAAAGCUGUCGAAAUAUUUGUUCGGACUGAAGAAUCUAUUGAACUGAAGGAUGAAACUAUGGCUGAAGAUAUUGAAAAGCUUAGUAAGAAAAAGAAGAUAAUUAAGAAGAAAAUUGGUAAAACUGAUGACGUCACUCCGAAAGUCGAAGAAGAAUCAACGCCUAAAAAAACACAGAAAACAACGCCAAAAUUAAUGCAAAUUGAAAUCAAAGACGUUACACCACAAUUUGCGCAAGUUACUACCUCACAGGAGGUUAUCAAAUUGGCGGAAAUUAAAUUAAGGAAACCAAAGGUUUCUAAGAAUAAAGAUGAACCUACUUCAAAGUUCCCACGAUUUUUACUCAAAAGCCGAAUAGAACACGUGCCAUUCCCCCCAGCCAACGAGAGCGAAAGAAUUCCACAAACUACUCAACUGCCUCCCGUUUACAAAGACAGCGGUGAGCUUUCUCGCAAUGUGGAAGAAGCCUCUAAAAUACCCAAAAAGAAAAAAAUCAAAAUAAAAGAUUAUGAAAGGGAGCUAAAAGAUUUGGAAAAACUGGAUAUCGAAUUUGAGGAAUCUAAGAAAAAGGACAUUGAAACUGUAGACAAAGAAUUAUAUGCCAGACCAGAGAAAAAAACCAAAAAAACUGAAGAAGAGGAAAAAAAGCUGAUUCUUGGAAAAGGGAAACUAUCCGAACAAGCGAAACCAGACGAACCGGUUAAACUAAAGAAAGUUCCUAAAACGGAGGAACCUGAACUAAGCCCCGAAGAGGAUCAAGUUCCAAAACUGAAAGCAGAAGACCAUGACACUUUCAAGAAAUUAGAAAAAGAACAAUCGAGUUUAUUGCCAUUCGAACCUUAUGACAUAGGGGAUGACGAAUUAGAAAAGGAAGAGCUAGAUUUUCCUAACAUUUUGGAAAAAGAUAAGAAAAUCAAGAAACCAGAAAAAUCCGAAAAAGUCAAAAAGAAAAAACAAAAGCCAGAACAAGAUGUUAUUGCAGCGGAAAUUAUUACAGGAGUUCCGAAACCCAAAGACGACGAAGAGAAUCCCUCAAUAACGCUUAAAACAAAACAAGGACCGCCGUCCAAAGAAGAACCAGACGGUAUAAAAUUAAAACCAUUUAAAAUCGAUGAACAAGAAGAAGUAUUCAAAGUUGGUGUAGAAACUAUCAUGAAGCAUGACACAAUCGUUAGCUAUGAAGGAGAAGACCUUGAAAUGACAAUACAACCCAAAGAUGAGGAGAUAGUAACAAAACAAAAGAAAAAAAUUAUUAAAAAAGUUAAAAAACCCAAAGAAGAGUUAGCUAGCGUCGAAGGUAAAGAAAAGACGGAAGAACCAGAGGAAAUUCUACAACCAGACACGAAAGAUACUACACAGGGAACAGCAAUAACAAUUGAAGAAGCUAAACCCAUAGAGGAAGAACACAAAGAAGGUAAGCCAACAGAAAUAUCAGAUGAAACUCAAUUACCCCAAGAGGAACUCGUAAAAGAAAAAUCUAAGAAAAAAGUCAAGAAAACCAAAUUGAAAGAGAUUUCCGAAGAAAUUCCAGUACCCAUCAGCGCAACCCCAGUCAGAAUGAUAAUUAAACGCAUACCAGCAGAAAAACCUCAACUUCCAAUAAUCACUGAAGUAAAACCGGAAUUUGCAGAAAUCAAACUAAAGAAAGUAAAAGCGGUUGAAAAAAAAUCCGUUCCAGAAAGUUUAGUACCAAAAGUUUUGCUAAAAAGCAGAUUACAAAUACUUGAAUUUCCUCCGUUUGGCGAAAAAGAGCAAAAGCCCGUUAUAACUGUUCUGAAACCUGUGUACAGGGACAACGGAAUCAUAUCUAGAAAUGUCGAAGAGGCUGCACAAGUAAAACCUAAGAAAAAGAAAUUAGUUACUAAACUAAAGACGCUUGAAAAAAUCGAUAAAGAAUUUGAAGAACUCAAAAAACCGCUCGAAGAGGUUGACGAUGAGUACAAAAAGCGGCAUGAGAAAAAGCCCAAAGAAAAACCGAUAAUGAUGAAGAUAGUCCGUGUUGAAAUGAGGAUGCAAAAAUCGAAAAUCAUUGAUUUAGCACCAGAAAUUGUGAACUUGGCCGAAGUUAAACUCAAAAAGCCGAAAUCUACUCAAGUUAAGGAACCCGUCGAAUUAAAGAUCCCUAAAAUAAAACUGAAAAGCAGAAUUGUGUGGAUAGAAUUUCCACCUCAAGUCAACAACCUAGAGGUAACCGAAAUCGGAGCAGUCAGAGAUAGCGGAACUCUUUCCAGAACUAUAGAAGAAGCCGAAAAAUUGAUUAAAAUUAAACGGAAAAAACCUAAACAUGUGAAAAAAGAACCAGUAGAACUUGAAAUACUGGAUGUUGAUUACGAAAAACCCGAGAAGCCCAAACCAGAAGAGAUUGAUGAAUCAGACACAUACAAAAGAACAGCUAAAGAAAAACCAGUGGAAAAAGAACCCGAACCAAUUACAAUCAAACUUGGAAAAGGUAAGAUGCCUCCUGGGGAAGAAGAAGAGGAAUCAGUAACGCUAAAGAAAAUCCCGGAAAAGUCCGUUAUCGAAAGCCCCGAACAAGAAGUUAAACUCAAAAAGAAACCGACAGAGGAAAAGUCCUCUGAAGAGGAAAAACCUGAUACGAUUGACAAGCCAGAAUUUAAGCCUUUCGAUAUUUCCGGUGAAAAGCCAGAUGAUUUUGAACUAGAACUUCCUCAAGAAGAAACUGAAGUAGAAGAAGACUUGCCUAAACUCAAAAAGAAAUAUAAACCUAAAAAGAAGGAGAAACCAGUACCAGAGGUAGAAACGAUUACCUUACAACCGGGAGUUCCUAAGAAGCCCGAACCCCAAGAAGAAACGGACAUUAAAUUGAAAGCCCCGUCCAAGAACAAACCCGAAGAAGAUGUUGACGCAAUAAAAUUAAAACCUUUCACGAAACCUCCAGAUGAAACUGACACUUUUACCACAUCCAAUGAUGAGGGUGAGCAGCCACAAAUUGCCACAGUAGUAGAAAAUAAAGAACUCGAAGAGACCAACAUUUCUGUUAAAAAAAUCAAAAGAAAGGCUCCCAAAACAAAGACCGACAAUAAAAUCGACGAGGCACCGCAACCGAAAGAGUUCGCAGAAAACAUAGAAGAAGAAACAGUACCCGUGGACAAAUUGGGAAAAGUUGACGAAAUAACCCUCAAACCAAAAGCGCGAAAAUUACAAAAUGAAAACACAAAACCGGCCAAACUUCCAAAACUAAAAAGUAGAAUCGUACACGUUGAUUUUCGCCCGCUUUCGGAAUCUGAACAAAUUCCAAUAUUAAGCGAGCUUGGAUCUGUCGCCAAAGAUAACGGAAUUCUAUCCAGAAAUGUGGAAGAAGCAAAGAAGGUGAAAAAGACAAAACCACGGAAAUUAAAAGAUGUGGAUAACGAAAUAUCUAAGUUGGAGCAAUUGGAUCUCGAAUUUGAUAGUUUGAAAAAGAAUGAGCUAGAAAAAGUUGACGACGAAUUUAAAUACAAAAGCGAACCAAAACAAAAACCGAGUAAACCAGAAGAAAAAUUGAAAAUCAAAGUUGGGAAAGGAAAAAUUCCAGAGAAAACAGAGGACGAUGAAACUACCACACUCAAAAAGAUACCGAAAAUGAUAGACGUGGACGAGGCAGAGAAAGUAAAUAUUGAACCACAAGAAAAUAUUCAAAUCGAGUCUAAAGAAAUUAAAGAUUUAGAUCAACCACCAAGAGAAGAAAGUCCUCAACUAGAGCAGAUUGUGGAAAAACGAAAGAAGGAUAAAGUAAAACCUAAAAAGGAGAAGAAAGAAAAAGAGGAUGAGAAAAAGCCCGAUAUUGAAACAGAAGAACUUGAAAAAGCCGAAAUUCCAAUACAAACAGAAAUAACUAAAAAGUCUGUCAAAAUUAAGAAGCCAGAGGAGAAUGAACAGAAAAAGCCAAAGAUCCGUCCAUUGCUCAAGAGCAGAAUCGUUUUCAUUGAAUUCCCUCCACAAUUAGAAUGUGAACGGAAACCUCUUGUUAAAGCACUGGAACCAACUAUUAUAAAUAACGGAAAUUUAUCUAGGAACGUUGACGAAGCUACCAAAGUUAAACCAAAGAAGAAAAAACAACCGGUGGAACCAAAAUUAGAACAUCUUGACGAGUUAGACAAAGAACUAGAAGAUCUUAAAAAAGGGCGUGAAAAGGUGGACGACGACUAUAGAAAGAGGCCCGAAAGACCCAAAAAACAAAAAUUAACACCGAUGAAAAUAGUAAUGGUUGAAGUGCGUUCGCAAAAACCAAAAGUAAUUGACUUAACACCGGAAGUGGUAAAUUUAGCGGAAAUUAAACUUAAAAAGCCUAUUAAUAAAACCGAUACUAAAGAGCCCAAGGAGCUUCGAAUACCAAAGUUGAAACUUAAGAGCAGAAUCAAUUGGGUUGAUUUUCCGCCUCUAUCUGAGGUACUUCAACCCCUGCAGGUUACAAAUAUAAAUGCUGUGAAAGACAACGGCAUAAUAUCUCGAAACGUUGAAGAAGCGGAAAAGAUCAAGAAAACAAAACGAAGAAAACUCAAAGAUGUCGAUACAGAAUUAACAGAGUUGGAAAAACUAGAUUUGGAAUUCGAUGAACUUAAGAAAAAGGAACCGGAGAAAGUGGACGAAGCAUUUAAAUACGAGAGAAAGCCCAAAGACACACCUGAAAAACAAGAGGAAUCACAACCCUUAAUUAUUGGCAAAGGAAAACCAAAGAAGCCAACGGAGAAAGACGAGGAGGUCCCUAGGCUGAAAAAGAAGCCCGAAAAAUCCGAACGGGAGGAAGAUGAAGAUAUUGUAAAAGAAAUAAUUGUUAAGCCUGAUGAAAAGGGAACAAAAGAAAAAGAAUUAAGAGAAAAGCCUGAAGGCCCCGAGUUUGAACCGCUGGAAUUUAAAGAUAAAGAAACCGAUAGAGACGUUUAUGAGCCGCCAGAAAUUGAAAAACCGGAUAAGCAUCUUCAGGACAAACAAAAAAGGAUAAAGAAAAUUAAGAAAGAAAAAGAACCUCUCGAAGAAUUGUCGGAAGCUGUUCUAGUGAAGAAAAUUCCAAAGGAAAUUACUCCUAAUGAAGACGAAGAGUUUAAAUUUAAGGCCCCUCAGAAACCUAAGCCUGAGGAAAAAAUUGAGGAAUUAAAGCUUAAACCCAUUAAAAAGUUAGAUGAAGAAUGCGAAUAUGAGAUUGUUAAAAUGGUAGAGCAGGAGCAGCCCCAAGAAUCCAAAGUAAUAUUUAUCCGGCCAGACGAUGAUAUUGAAUCAAAUUAUCCAGAACAAAAAGAGAAGAAAGUAAAAAAGAAGAAAAAAAGUAUUCCUGAAAAAGACGAUCAAGGAAAACCUAGCGAUAUAAUAGAUCAAAAGGCAGUAACAGACAUUGAAAAUACAGAGAAGCCAAUAGAUGAGGAAGUGCCAGUUCAAUUUGUAUUGAAAAAAUCGAAACCAGAUAUUGUGGCAGAAACUCCAGAGGAAACUCAAGUUUCAAUGAAACUAAGAAAACCAACAGAACCAGAAGAGGUAGAAGCCGAACUAGAAACCGUCUUAGUAAAGAAAACACCAGUCGAAGAAGUGGAAGUCAAAGAAGAAAUUUUAGUACAGCCAAAGGAAGAAACCGAAAUUAUAGAAGAAAAAACAAUAAUUAAAACGAAGAAAAUUAAAAAACCUAAACCAUCCAAAGACAUUUUGGAACAAAAAGGGGAAGAGAAAAAACCGAUUGUAACCACGGACGAAGAAAAGCCCAGGCCAACGCUGGAAGAGAGCGAAAAGCCUUCAAUUACUAUCGAGGAAAUAAAGCCAGAUGAAGUAGAUCAAACAACGAACACAGCAAAGGAAGAACCUAUAGUAGAGGAGCCUCAGGAAGAAACAAGUUUACCAGAAGAACCAGAACUGGUGACCAAACCGGAACAAUCAACAAUUGAGGAAGUUGUGGUCAUCAAACGGAAGAAACCAAAAGAAACACCUAAAGGGGAAACAGAAACCGAAGUUCUGGUUUCAAAACCAAAACCUAAAAAGGAGGAAACUAGUGAGGUAGCUGCAGAAGUUCUUUUAAAAGAAAAGGAAGAUCUUACAAUCAAACAGGAACCCUUAGAUACAGAAGCUGAAUUCACUAUUUUAGAACCUGAACAGGAGAUUACCCCAGAAGAGAUUUCCGUUCAAAUUAUCAAGAAAUUAGAACCGAAGAAAGAAUCUGAGGCAGAUGUUACGGUCCCUAAACCGAAGGAACAAAAAGAAAAAGGUGAUGAAGUAAAGGUAACAAUAGCGGAACCGAUCCCAGAAGAAGAAGUGAUAAUAAAAAGAAAAAAGGCAAAGAAACCAAUUAUAAGCGAAGACGGAGAGGAUGUUGCAUUCACCAUUAAGAAACAGGUACCAGAUGAAGAAGGCGCAGAUUAUCCAAAAGAAGAAGGGUCCAUCAAAAUUACAAUACCUAAACCGAUCAAGUCAGUGUCUGAAGAAGCUGCCGAUGAAGUCAACAUUGUCAUUACUGAAGUAGUACCUACCGAAAAGGAAAUUGAAAAAGUCCAACCAGAGGAGGUAAAACCCAAAAAGGAUAAGGAGUUGCCAAAAGUUGACGCGGAAUUGAAAAAAUCGCCGGCUGAUAAAAAUGAAGAGUCACAACUAGAAGCGAAAAAUAAAUUAUAUUUGGACAAACCAUCCUCGGAAGAAUUAACCAUAACCAGUAAGCCAGAAGAGGUUAUGAAACCGAAGACUAGUUCAGAAGAAGCGCAACCAGAGAAAUUGAUAGACGAAGAUGAAAUAUCUGUUAGAAUCAAAAAACCUUCAGAUGAAGAAGCAGACAUUGUAAUUAAAAAACCAACAUCAAAAGGAACGGAAGAUACAGGUGAUGCUGAGCUGAAAGUAGUCAAAUUUGUGCCCACUGAAGAAAGCAAUGAGUUAACGGAAAGUCCAGCAAUAACUCUCAAAAAGCGGAAGCCUCUUCUAGAAGAAAAUCAAGAUGAAAAGGAGGUCAGUGUCAAAUUUAAAUCAGCACCUGAAGAAGACACUGAAGCAAUUAUUAAACCAAGCAAAAAGGGCGAAAGACCAAAUGAUGAAGGCGAAGCCGACAUAACGAUCAAAAAGCAUGUCCCUCUCUCUGAAGAAGAAACAGAAGUAAAGAAGAAGGAACCCGAACCCGAAGAAGCUGAAUUUUCUAUGAAAAAACCAAAAGUUAAACCCAUUAUUGACGAAGAGGAUGAAACUGCGAUUAAAAAAUAUGUUCCAGUAUCUGAUGAAGAAACCGAUGAUGUUUCUAUUAAAAAGCCUGCCGACGAUGUUUCCCAGGAAAUAUCAAUUAAGAAAAAGAAGCCUAAGGAAAAGUCUGCAGAAGAAGAAACUGAGACAACAGUAAUCAAAUUCUUACCUACAGAAAUUCCAGUUAAACCAGAAGAUGAAGAAGUUCAAGAACAAGUUGUUAUAAAGAAGCCUAGCAAACCAGAAGGCAAAACUGAAGAAGUUGAGUCUGAAAUCACUAUCAAAAAGAAAGAGCCAAAGGAAGACAAAGAAGAGGCUGAAUUUAAAAUGAAGAAACUACCCACAAGAGAGCCUGUCUCCGAAGAGGCAGCAGAGGCAACAGUAAUUAAAUUCUUACCGACCGAACCUGCAACUAGACCAGAAGAUGAAGAAAUUCAAGAACAAGUUGUUAUAAAGAAACCACGCAAGCCAGAAGGCAAAACUGAGGCAGUUGAAUCUGAAAUAACUAUAGAAAAGAAAGAGCCAAAGGACGAAAAUGAAGAGGCCGAACUUAAAGUGAAGAAACUACCCACGAAAGAACCAGUAUACGAAGAAGCAGCAGAGGAACUUACCAUUAAAAAACUCAAACCUGUAAGGAGACCAUCAGAACCUGAAGAAGCCGAGAUUAAAGAAGAAGAACCGAUCAAUGUUACAUUUAGGCCAAGAUCAACUAAAACCAAAGAGGAAGUCGAGCAGGAAUUCAAAAUAUCUUUAGAUUCAUAUGCGGAAGAAGAAAUAAGCUUGUCUUCGAAAAUCAAACUUAAAAAACCUAGGAAAAAGCCGACAUUUUCUGAAGAAGCAGCGGAGGAAUCAGUGAAAAUUAUUGAGGAGGUAGAAAGUGAAGGACCCGCAAUCGAGGAAAUCAUCGACGAAGGCAGCGAGGCUGAAGAAUUACCGGAAGACGACGAAAUAUCUGAAAGCUUCCACAUGGUUUUCAAGAAAAAGCAACCGCGGAAAUAUUCGGUCGUUCAGGAGGACGAAGAGGACGUUAGCCUUAGCCUAAAAGCACCAGUUAAGAAAAUUGAAGAUUUCGAAGAAACAGAAGGUGUUAUUAAAAUUAAACCAAGGAAGAAGGAGUCCAUUUCAUAUGACCAAGAAGCAGCAUCAUUAAGUAUUACGCAGGAAAAAGAGGUUGAGAAAAUUACCAUAAUCCACGAGGAGGAGGUACAAAAAGGAGACGUUUACUAUUCAGUCACUUUCUACGAUGCAGAGGCGGAACAAGCCGUAGAUUUAGUUGAGGGCGAAAAGGUAUACGUAGUGGAGGCUCAAGGCGAUUGGUGGUUCGUUAAAAAGCAUCUGACGGAAGAUAGCGGCUGGGUGCCUUGUCACAUUUUAAUGGACGAGCCCCAGUAUAUUGAGUUUGUGCAAAAGAAAUUAAACGAAAAGAUUGACAAGCUGCCUGUGUUAGAAAAACCAAGACCACAUGAAACAACUAAAGCACCAAAGUUCAUCGAAAAACUUAAACCAAUUACUACACAAGAUGGUUUCACUGCCCACUUUGAGUGUAAGGUAGAAGGCUAUCCCAGGCCUCAAAUUACGUGGUUCCGACAGACACACAUAAUCAAGUCUUCGAACGAGUUUCAAAUGUAUUAUAGCGAAGAAAAUGAUGCGACCUUAGUAAUUAAAGAAGUAUUCCCUGAAGACGCAGGCACAUUCACUUGCGUCGCUAAGAACUCCGCAGGUUUUGCAUCUAGCACCGCAGAAUUAAUAGUGGAGGGACCGUUAUCCUCUCACGGAUCUGAACGAACACAUUCCAUUUCUAGGAAGAGUCUAUCACGAACUUCCUCUGUGGGAGAUCUGAUCGAAGGAAUGCCUCCCGUGUUUUCUAAGAAACCUAAACCUCAAAGCGUUCCGGAGGGAAUGGACGUCACUGUGGAUGCCAAACUGGUCGCCAUACCUGAACCAGAAGUUAAAUGGUACCGCAACGGCAAGAAAAUAGCAGCCAAAGGAAAUGUGACCGUAAUGACGACUUCUGAAGAACAUAACUUGACUACCGUAUUAAGAAUUAAGGAAGUAGAAAAGGAUCAGGAAGGUAAAUAUAAGAUAACAGCGAAAAACAGCGAAGGUCAGGCAAGCGUUGAAUUCACAUUGAAAGUGCGAACGACGGAGAAGGAACCUCCAGAAAUAAUUGAACCACUCGAAUCACUCACCAUCAGGAAAUAUGAGACUGUUAUUUUAAGCACCACUAUUAGCGGUAAUCCAGAACCAGCUGUACAAUGGUUCAAAAAUGGUAAAAUUCUGGACGAACCGUCGCCGAGAAGAAAUGGUGACACCUAUACAGUCACUAUAAAAAAUGCCCAACUUGACGAUACUGCUGAGUAUACAGUUAAGGCUAGAAAUCUUAUCGGAUCGGCAGAGACCGGCGGCUUCCUUACGGUCAAAGAAUUUCCUGAAGACGCUGAACCGCCACUAUUCAUAAAACGGUUCGAAGAACAGAACAUUCCUGAAAAGACUCCCUUAAUACUAAGGGCAAAAGUGACAGGCCAUCCCACACCAGAAGUCACCUGGUUACUAAACAAUGAGCCUUUAGAGUCAUCGGAUAGAGUGAGAAUUUUGUACGAUGGAGAGAACAUCGAACUAACCAUUAAGGAAACCAAUUCCGAGUUAGAUUCUGGUGUCUACAAGUGCGUGGCUACCAAUUCCAUGGGUAGAGCCUCGCAUGGUGCUAGAGUAUCGGUAGAAGUUGAUACCGUCAAGUUCACUAAAAAACUCAACAAAGUCUAUGAAACGUUCGAAAGGAACACGAUCGAGCUAGAAUGUGAGACUUCUCAUUCGGUGCGGACAAAAUGGUGGUUCAACGAUACUGAAAUCAGUGGAAUGGAUCACCGACUCGUCGUACAGGAUGGAAGGACUCACAAGCUCAUUAUCAAGAAUGUUUCCAAAAACGACGAAGGUAACUACAAAUGCACGGUAAAGAAUCAGAAAACCGAGACGACCCUCAAAGUAGAGCAGCGCAAACUUGAGUUUGUGAAAAAGCUACAAGACUUGGAAGUUACCGAGAAAGAUACGGCGAUUUUAGAAGUAGAAAUCACAUCUGACACAGCUGACGUCGUCUGGCUAAAAGACGGUAUGCCGGUUGAUGGGGUAGAUGAAAAAAUUGAAGUUGAAAAGUUCAGGGGCGUGAGAAAACUCCUAAUUAGAUCGACGUCGAUCCAUGACGAAGGAGAAUACAGCUGUCGUUUGGUGGACGAAGAAUGCAAAGCCGAAGUCACCGUUAUAGAGUUACCUCCUGAAAUUAUUACGGCUCUGAAAGAUCAAACCGUUACCAAAGGCGAAAAAGCAGUGUUCGAAAUAGAGCUUUCGAAAGGUGACGCGCUAGCGAAAUGGUAUAAAGACGACGUGGAGAUUCAAUUUUCCGAACAUAUACAACUCUCCAUUGACGGAAAAAGACAGAAACUGAAGAUCUACAAAUGCGACUCUGACGACCAAGCUAUAUACACCUGUAAGGUGGGCAACCAGAAGUCCAGCGCUAAUUUAAGAGUUCAUGUUCCCUCGUGCGUUUUUAUUACUCCUCUACCAGAAACCACUACAGUAGGUGCCGGCAGCAAUGCCGAAUUUCUAGUGGAACUUUCCAGGGAAGACGUCGAGGUGACGUGGUGGAAGAGUAACAAAGAAAUAGAAAAAUCCUCAAGAAGUACCAUAACGUCAGAAGGAACCUUCAGAAAAUUAGUGGUUCAUAAAGUAACAACCGAAGACCAAUUUGAGUAUGCGUGUACCGUGGAUAAGUACAACCUGAGAACUUCAUCUAAGCUGAGAGUUGGCGAAAAACCAAGUCCACCAAGAGGCCCGUUAGAGGUAUCCGGUAUGACAGGAACCUCCUUCACCAUACAGUGGAAGCAACCAGAAAGGGAUGGCGGAUCACCAAUAACAGAAUACAUCGUUGAAAUGAAAGAAGCAAAAUCCAAAAAAGAGUUUAAGAAACUGGGCUCCACCAAAGGUGACAUUACCGAUUACGCGAUCAGCAGCCUACAUAAAGGGAAGGAAUAUAAAUUCCGCAUAUUUGCCAAGAACGCGUUCGGAAUUAGCGAGCCUUACACUCCUGAAGAAGCUGUCGAAGCUGGUUCGCGAAUAACACCACCAUCACCCCCUGUUAACCUGGCGGUUAAGAAUGUCACCAGUAGAAGCGCCACCCUCACCUGGCAACCACCUUUGAACGAUGGCGGAAGCGAAAUCACGGGUUACGUGGUUGAAAAGAAAUUGGAAUAUAUGCCGAAAUGGGAAAAAGUGUAUACCUUGGAGUCUUUCACUUUGGAGUACACAUUCGAGAACCUCAAAGAAAAGAGCGACUACGUGUUCAGGGUGUUUGCCGAAAAUGCCAUCGGCCUAAGCGCUCCAGCUCAAACCGACGUCCUACAAAUGAGGACGCUAGCAACUGUACCAUCUCCACCUACAGCGCCAUUAGAAAUACGCACCAUAGGGCCCAAUGCCAUAGUAGUAGAAUGGGGACUUCCUGAAUCGGAUGGAGGAGCCCCACUGCUCGGCUACAAUAUCGCUAUAAGAGAUACCAAGAAAACCAUGUGGAUGGAAAUCGGAAAAACUCCGAAAGGCGUGCAGAAGUUCACGAUAAGAGAUUUGCAGGAAGAUCACGAUUACAUGAUCAGAAUAUUCGCCCGAAAUGAAAUCGGUCUAAGCGGACCAUUGGAAUCUGACGAACCUUUCAAAGUGCUGCCAUCUGGAGAAACAGAACAGGACGAUUUUAGAGAGAUUACAUCGGAAAGAGAGCCGACCUCCAAAAGCUCAGAGACCACGACAUCGUGGCUAAGAGAGAAUAGUAUGGAUGCCGACAUUCAUUCGUACGCCAAGGGAACUUUACUAAGAAAAGAUGAAUAUUUCUUCAGAAUAUGGUGUUAUGCGACAAAAUUGUUCAAAUAAAUAUUCCCAAACGUAUUAUGAAAAAAUGUCACUUGAAGAGACUUGAAUGUAUAUAGUUUUUUUUGUUUUGUAUUAUUUGUGUUUAUUUAUAUCUAUAAGGAUAGCGUACAAUUUUUUCAUUUUCCUGAUAGAGACGAUUUAGAUAGGUAUACCAAUUUUUAUACAAUUGAUUUGCAGAUAGUAGAAGUAGCGAAUUGAAAAUGAGAGUGAUCAAAUUAUAUUAGUAAAAUUGUUUACGAAUUGCGAGCGACACAGUCGACCAACAUCUAAUAUAAUUUUAUCACUGCAAAUUUACAAAAAUUAUAUAUACCUACCUAUUAAGGAUUCUGUGAUACUGAUUAUGACCCUUAAAUACUUAAACGAAUAUGUCUGGAUAAGUAAUAAUCCACUAAAACGACUAUAAGCGAUUCAUUUUGAUGAGGUUUUUGAUUUUUAUUGUUUUAUUUAAGUUUUAUUGUUUUACUAAAUAUUUAUUUCAUUGAGAUUAAAGCGAUAAUUAUGAUCGAAUAUGUUAACAAGCUGUUUAUCACAAUACAACGAAUGAGAGACUAAUAUAGGUGCAUACAAAACUAUAUGUAUUGUGAUAAUUUGCUAAUGUAUAUCCAAUAUUUUAGUAAACGUUUUGUUUAUUGCAAAAAUUUUGUUUUAUUUAG